AUUCAUUCAGAGGAAGUCAGUGAACUCAUCAGUCCUCUGUUACAGCGCUCGGUGCAGAUUCAUCCCCUGGACUUCACACUGAUGUAGACACCAUUCAUCACAAAAGGGACCAGAUUUCUGCACUAUUGUCCCUCUGCAGCUCCGGUAGGGAGGAAUAUUGGACCGCUGCUGCAGGGCUCGCAGGUUUGCAGUGUUAUUGCUGAAGUUGGACUGGGAAGUUACCGGGUUUUUCACGCAGUAUGGACGGUCUCUGAGUGGAAAGUUGUGGCUUUAUUUCAUUGGUUUUCUGUGGGGAAGCCUUUCACCAUGGUAAGGAGACCUGGAGCUGUGUUCGUGUGUGGAAAAUGAUCGCUAACAGCACCGAGUUUUUCAUUAUGGUGAGGAGAUGUCUUCUCACUUUCAAACCGUUCAGGUAAGAUUUAGAUUCAGAGGGUUAUUUAUUUAUGUCAAGGUAAAGGACAAAAACUCAUUUUGUUCACGUGGUUUAUUCAUAGUUUUUCUCCUUUUCCUCUCAUAAUGAAUGAAAAUGCAAAAAUAAAAACAUGGCAAAAUAAAAGUAACAUUAAGCACGUUAGAUUACUUCAUAAUAGGUUAAAACACCAAGUCAAACAUCUCAAAAUACUAUCAUAAAGAGGCAGCACCAAAAAACAAUAUACAAUAUAGAGAAACAAGUAGUUACUCACCACACUCAUAGGGUAAGAUUUUAUGCAUAGUAUGAAGUCACUAGUACACAAAAUGUAUUUAUUUAUAAGCUUGAGCAUAUUUUAGGCUAAAUUGCAAUGAAUUUUAGAAUCAGGAAUACUUUUAUUAGGAACUUUUUUUAUUAAAAACAUUUAAGUUUAAAGGGGAAAAAUAUUUGGUUAUGUACAAAAGAUGCAGAGUGUUUAGAAAUAAACUGUGUAAAGCACAAGGGGCUCAAGGUAAUUUAUGCAAAAGACAGUUUGCAGCAGUUGGGAUGUUACACAGGUUAUUGCACUCAAUGAAAGAUCAAGUAUUUGAGUUGAUCAACAUUGCACUUAUUAGGUUACUGAACAAGUCAUUGACAGUUAUGCAAACAGAACUAUGUUACACGAUUAUGGAAUUGCAGCUUCCAAAGGAGUGUUGUAUUCAGGGCCUUACAAAGUGUGUAGUUUGAAAAGUUUAAAUGACUCUCUGUGGUGUUUUGAUGCAUUUUCAUGCAAUUUGAACUGCACCUUUAAGUCUCCUCACUUAGCUUUUCAUUUGUCCUGCUAUGCCUCGUGUAUACCGGUGCUUUUAGCUUUCUGGUGGAUAAAUAAUGGUCUUAAAAGCAGGUUCAGACUAUUUGCAUUAAUUGGAACAACUGGACCCCUGCUGUGCAGUAAUUAAGGUUUGGCUGUGCAGCCAAAAGUUUCACAACAAACUAGAAGUAAAUGGAGCAUCUUUAUACUCAUUAAAACUUACCGGCUUAAGCACAAAAGUUGUACACAAGCUGGAGGACUCAUUAAUGUUCAGAAUUAGUAAUCAGAGUCAAAGAUGGAUUCCAUGUCACCCUCGCAGACAAACUAUCCUUUGAGAAAAUACAGUUGUACUACAAGCAGGAGUAAACAUGCAAAUGAAUCUGUUGCAUGCUUAAUCUGCACAGAUGAGUGAGCACAGAGAGAGGAGCCAAUACACUUGUUAGCUCAUACAGCAGUGCAUGCUUUUGUCAAUGUUAAAUCACUGAUUUUUUUCCAAUUUCUCUUACUUAUUGUCACAGAUGUUGGCUGAGUGUCUGCAGACUCUCAGUUGUUAGUGUAUAAUCUUGAAUUUUUCAAUCACCUAGCCUUGCUGAAGUAUGACACACACCCCUCAGUGCCCUUGCAAUUAUUCAGUUAUUCAAUGUUUUAUCCACACUCUAAAAAUCAUGAUGGUUCCCUUUAUUUGCAGUGAGGUAGAGAUUAAGAAAAAUGAAUGUGUAAAGCAAACAGAAGCACAGUAAUCUGUGAAAACAUCUGCAGAUCUUUCCAAAAGAACUAAGAGUGCAGACCUUGAGCAUGUACGGUAAAUUGAUAAACAUUUAAAGGCCAUAAUAUGAAAGCUAAUUUUCCUCCUUUAAAGUUACCCUGCAGGACUAAAAGGAUCAAACUCCAAGAGGAGCAAGAUAGGUCCUAUUUUCCAGUCCAGGAAUGAGUUUAUAAAGGGUGGUGAACAUCUAAAAAAGGAUUUAUAGUAAGUAGAAAAUCAAACUUUUAUCAGGCCUCAGUGUGGGAUAAAAACAAUGGAGGUGCAAUGGUGUGGUCAUGUGGGUAUGUGGUCAUAAAUCUAAGAGCAGAGUGAUAAACUGAGUAUUGAUUUAAAAGCAGAGGAAGCAGCAUGUCUGUAGAUUACAUCCCCAUAUAGGAAGGAAAAGCUGCAUCAACUCAACUUUUCCUAAAAUCCAACCAGAAGUUUGAUUUCAGCAUAAAAUCCAUUUUUGUGGCUCAGGAUUUUCUCUAAGGUGUUUUUUCUGACAUUUUCUCUGCGUGACAUGACUCUUGGAGCGAGGAGAGAGUCAGUGUUGAGCUGAUGUGUCCAAAGCUUUUACUGUAAAAGCUGAAAAACUUGACAAUUCUCUGUGUGUUGACCGCUCUGUGCAGACCUCAACCAUUCGCCUGUAAUUUAAUGCUUUUAUUUGAGCUGUUAGCUCACUGAGCACAGUGUGAGGCAGAAAACCAGAGCGCCCGUGUCAUGCUUUAUUUGCGAUGACACAGUCAAGCGAGUGCACAAGGCUUUUCUCUGAGUUGAUUGGUACAAUAUGAAAGUAUGUCCAUGCUCCAAAAAAGCCUCACAAAGAAAAGACCCAGAGGGAUGGUUCCUGACUCCGUCUGCAUUGUAACUCAAAAGACAGCGAGGAGAGUGCUACUCUUUCUCACCUUAAAUGCCUUCACUGGACUCUGUGAGACAACUAUCCUCUAAAGGUAAUGGAAAUACAGCCUGAAUAAAAGCACACACUGAGAGGGUACAUUUGCAAGAAGGCAGAGACAAUGUGAAAUUAAAGCAGCAAAAUGAUUAUCUAAUGCUGGUGUUUGCACUUUUGAGCCUCUGACUUUGCUUCAGCUGCUUUUCUACUGAUAUAAAGUUAGGCACAGGCUAUAGAUGCUACUUAUUACACAGCUUUGUAGUCAGUCAAUGCCAAAGGUUCAUCAUCUAACUGGAGGAAUUGUCCUUUUUUCAACAGAAAUGGCAAAAGCUAUACCUUGAAAGAAAACAUCUGAAGCUACCUGAUAACAUCCACUUAUCUCCCUAUUUAGCUAUGUUAGCAUAUGUCUUCUAUUGUUACAUUUGCUGCUAACCCACAGCUUGUAGUUCUAAGCCUUUACAAGGGUGUCCUCAUUGAUGGAACAGCCUCAUGUUUCAACAACAGGUGAAAAGCAAUCAUCUCUAACUGGCCUCUGUCAACAUGGAGUUUUCAGUGAAAUAGAAAGCACAAACAGCGAUGUAGUUGUCCCAAAAACAUGAAUUUUUACCACUGUUUUCUGAUGCCUUUUCCUCCACAACAAAGACACCACAUGUGAGAGACUUUCUCAGACAUAGUGAAUCAACAAAGUGCAGAGUGGUGGAAAAACCGGCUUUGACUUUGAACAUGAAGUAAGAUUUGAACAAGCUUCUGGGAGGUUGUGUCUUUGGAAGAGCUUCAUCAGAGCUGCACGGGGUGGUAAUGUACUUCAGCACUUAUGUGAUUGGACAGCAGAGCCCGACGUCAAGUUGAAGCCAAUUCUCUCAAAGUUAUCAAAAGAAGCCGAUCAAGGAACGCACUUAUGUCAACAUAUGUAUGUAAAUACAGAUCAGCAUAAUAGGUCUCCUUUAAAUGUGUGAAAAUUGCAGUUUAUUAAUACAGAGAGCGGAUCCUGGCUCCAAAUUCACAAGCACAGACUAAGAGUUGUGUCUUAGGGGGUAUUUUUUACAAUACAAGAAGAUGAAAAUAUUAGCCUGGCUAGGCCAUACUGUUGCGUGAAUCACUUGCCGUUCCUUCUUGUGGUAAGGAACAGCAAGGGAUUCACGCAACAGGAUGGCCCAGCCAGGCUAUGAAAAUAUCUCGUCAUAUACAGUCAGUGCGUUGGACACAAACACAUCAAAACUUUGAUCAGUCUUAUACACUUUGUCAUAAAAAUUCUGACUGUUUAUAGUUUUCACCAAGACUCAAUAGAUUUUGAUUUUUGUUGUAUUUUUUAUUACUGCUUCCUUUUCAUAUAUUACCUCAAUGUCUAAUUCAAUUUAUUUUUUUAAGCACUGAAAUGUUCAGGACAGACAACAAUCCCACUGAAUCGUCAUCCUUAAGACUCACAGCAGUCUUUCAAACCCAAUUUUCUUUUAUGCGUGUCCCUCCAUCUGCCUUUUCUGUUUGUUUUUCAUUUUCUUCUCUUAGGUUGACUUUCUCUUGUGCUUUAUAAUCCUUCAAUCAAGCAAACUAAAUUAAAUUGAGUUAGACUGAUGUGUCUGUUUGCAAACUCUCCUCGAUCGUUUUCCUUUUCCAUUUUUUAGUUGUCCGUUCUCUCUAAACUUGUCAUCUUGCUCGUGUGUCACCUCCUGUCUUUUCCUCCCUCCUGCAGGAUCUUCGUGUUGGGGAUCGGUUUCUUCAGCCUGUGCUUCCUAAUGACCUCUCUGGGGGGCCAGUUCUCGGCCAAGAGACCCGGAGAUUCCCCGUUUACGGUGCGAGCAGAAGGUAGGACACUUUCUGUUCUGUCUCCGCACCGCUCUGCUCCGUUGCCUCUUGCUCCUUCUGAGUAAUGAACAGGCUGUGAACAUGCUGAGGGCUUCGUGGGGUUUCCUUGAUUGCUGCCAGCAGGCUGAGCGACCUGCUCACUUUGCUCAUCAGGAGCGUGUCAGGGGGGAACGCUCCUCUCUCUUCUCAUCUUCUCCGCCAUCUUUUAAAACACCUGCUUUCAUCUCUACUCAGUGCACACAUGACCUCAUUCUGACCCACACUAACUCAGUUUUAGUUGUUUCAGGAGUGCCUGAAAGUUCGUGGAGGCUGAAGUAGAAUCUUUUUUUGUUGGUGUGCUGACCCUGUUGGCAUGAAUGUAGGCGUAACAGAAGAUAUUCUAUACUUAACAUGUAAAGUGAUCACUUCACCAGUAAACUUCUGUUAAGCUUGAAAAGAGCAAUAACAGACUAGAAUCACUUGGGCAGAGAAAUUUACAAAACAUUUCCAGGAUAGAAAACCAGAACUCUGUCAAUGUUGGUUGUAGAUAAUCCAGCAAAAUAGCUCACAAAUUUAAGGAAUGCAGUUAAAGGGUCAAGCCAUUUUGUUGUCUUUGGGCUGUUAUCGGUAGUACUUCAUAAGGACAAUAAUAGAGUGAUACUGGUAUCUCUUUACAAAGGUAUGAUUGUCCCAGAUUACCACUGAUGUAAACCAGGAUAUGCCCUCAUAUGGACUGUUUUUUCCAGCAUGCAUCAAACUAGAGAUAGACUGAUUUAUAGCACGAAUUAAUCAGAUUAACACAUUGGCAUCGGUCUUCACAAGGCAGACAUCACCGCUAUAGAAAAGUCAUUUUUCUUUUCCCCAAUGACAGCAUAUCAAAUGUAAACAGCCACUAACUUUUGUUAAGUUUAAACUAUGUAGUUGUUGAUGUUUAGAAUAAUGCAGUUUAAUAAUGAUAUUAAUACUUACCUUGACUUAUUUUCUUAUUUUUACUUUUUUUGCAGAAAUUAUAAAGUUACUUGUGAUAAAAUUUUACUGAGCCAAAAAUUUUUCCGCCUACUUUAAAUUAAAGUUCUUGUAAGGAACUUUUGGUUUGUGUCAAUCUUGGCGCCCCCUGUGAAAAUGCAGUCUUUGCUUACCUUGUCCCAAACAUGCUUAGGUUGUGACUUUUGACAAAAAACUGUUAUCCUGCUGAUUUCUGACAGUGAAAUUUAUCAUUUAUUGUGAAUAUUUUAAGGACAAUUAUAAAAGCAGGGUUGUUUUUUCAGCUGCUUGGCUGACAUCUAUCCCCUUAUGAUUGGUAUUAUAUCUGUCCAAACAAAUUGUCAGUCUUGUUGCUGAUGAUCUUUUUUGCUUUUGUAAAUCAUAUAAAGGCAAUGACAUGAGUUCCAGGCAUAAACAUGAAAAAAUUCUCUCAGGAGCUUUAAUGUUAAUACAGAAGCAGCUUUGGAAACAGACCUUACCUUUGCUGAGAUCAUCACAAAAAAUCCAAACUAUUUCAGAGGCUCCACCCCCAAGAAAAGCUAAUUAUCUUCCUCAGCACGUUGUCUGUGUUUGCGCUUUGUGCCUCUGCAUAUGAACCAGUUCAGCAGGAGCCUUUGGGGAGAGUCAGUGUUAGCUUUUGGUCUGUUGUCUCUCACCUUUUAUCUCUAGCUGGCACAGUGUUGACUCUGCAUGUCAUCCUCUGCUCUGUGACCGUAACCAGCUGGCACAUUGAAAAAAAUCCCAGUAUCUAUCACAACCCCUGAGGACAACAGUUGGUUUAAGUUUGUGUUUGUGAAAUAUUUAACCAAUUAUUUUUAUUUCUGUUCACUGAGACAGAAGUAAUUACUCAACCCAGCUGGAAUAACACAGUCCUUGUUAGAGCCAAUUAGGGAACAGCUUUUCACCCUGUGGUGGUUUGUUGUAUGAGACUCAAAGAUAGCGUAAGAGAUGUGGAAAGGGGCUCUUAAAAAUGUUUAUGAACAGCUGAACCUACCCCCGAUUUCAAUUUGCAAACCCACCUAUUCACUAUAGAUUAUUGUCCUUUUCAGAUGGCUACCAAUUAAAGAUGUAAACAAAUUCGACUCAACAUUUCAGUUCAUGGUCAAGUUAAAAUACCAGUGUGUUUAUUUUCACAAUUUACAUUAAGCUAAACAUUUCUGUUAAAGGCAACAUUAAGAGAUGAUCUGGACUUCAGCAAGAGUGUUUAUCUUGACAAUCUUGUCCUCAUUCAGCUCUCAUGCUUCUCAGAGCUUUGCAGUUGACACACCUUUGCCGCAGUGUCAACAGGCAGAGCUGAAUUGGCCAGGAUCCCUUCAUGUGGAUUGAUUUAAAGCUCCUGUGAGGAACUUUGUGUCAAUAGCCAUGUUUACGUGUGCAAAAUUUCUUGAUCUGAUUAAAAAUUUGAGGGAUUGGAUAGUCUGAAUCCACUGUUUAUAUGGGUGCAAAACCAAUUUCGAUCAUAAGGUGUGUAUCCAUGCACCAAGUUUUAUUCAGAUUUGGAAGCAUUUGGACAUGUGCAGAGUUGUCUGAUUUCACUAAAACAUCUACAGAAGAAGAGAUGUAUUUACGCCUGUGUUGUCAAGGAACGAACAAACCCAGUACUGUCUCACUCCAUCCAAUUCAGGAGUUUUCCCCUGUUAAAUGAUGUCACUCGAUGGCGGUCUUGCAUACUUAUUCUUAGUUCCAGUUACCUCAGAAGUCUGAGUCUGAGCUGAAAAUGACGUCACACCAGCGUUCCCAGCGUUUUAGAUACUGAGUCGGAAAAAAAGGAAAAUCAGAACGAAAACAAGAUGGCUACAUCUACGAAAGUUAUUUUAGCGCUUGCCUUAUAUCUGGACAAGGCACUCGCUAAAAUAACUUUCGAUGUAGCCAUCUUGUUUCCACCUCUGAUUUUGCUAAUUUCCAACUUGGUAACUGAAAUGCUGGGAACUCGGGUGUGAUGCCAUUUUCAGCUCUGACCAUAGACUGUAUAUAGAAUGGAUGCUGUCUGCCUCCUCGCUGGGUAAAGCCACUCCGAGAACAGCACCCUCUGGGGACGGGCUGCAGUUUAGGUCAUAAAUCCCGCCUCCGCCAGCAAAGCUUAUGGGGCUGUGGACAAACUUUAGAAAUUUAUUACACAGAACAUAUUUUUUUCUCCCCCCUGCUUGCGAUGUUGACAUGUAGUUACUGUAAGACUGGUUUGUGCUCAAGUCCUCUUUUUUCUGUGAAGCUCCAUUUUUAAAAGUUAUUAGAAGGUUCGUGUUUUCUAUGAUUGACACCUGAUACAGCCUGUGGGCGUAUAAGGAUUGCGUAGCUCACCCAGAGGAUACGCUGUUUAAGCCGAGCGUCAUCACAGCGACUCUCGUCGUCUCUCCCACCGAUCGCGUACAAUCCUACUGCACAAUGUUGGUUUCAGGAAAUGGAGAGAGAACGCGGAAUUACCGAGAGCGUUUUGGCCUCAAAUCAGUAUACAGGCGGAAGGUGGAACCAAGUUGUCCAUAGUAUAUACAGUCUAUGGCUCUGACUUCUGACUUCCGAGCUAACUCGAACGCAGCAUUAUUUUACUGUUCAGCCAAAGGUUGCACUGUGCGUUACCGGAGGAGCAGACUCGGCACCUGCGGUUGUGUUUUAUGCCAGAGUGUUAAUAAUGAAACCUCCUGUACCGGUCUAAGUAAAAGAGCCAAAGGCUAAAGAUUGAAGAUCAAGUCAGGUAAGAGAGUCACGAUCGGAAUAUGUGUUUACAUGAACGUGUUUCGGAAUAGCGAUUUCGGCAUAAACCACCCCUCUUCCGAUCGACAUGUUUACAUGACGCAAUUCUAUUCCGAUCGGGCAUUAUUUGUGCCCUCGUAAACACAGCUAGUAUUUGUUCAUUCCGUCCGCUACAUGGUCAAGAAUUUUGACACACCAAAAAAUCACCCUACUGAUUUUGACAAAAUAAAUGGCAAAAAUAAAUCUCUGCAGAUCAUGCCUUGUUGUUAUAUUUUUGGACAUGUGGGUGCCAGAGGUGUAAACCAGAGUCUCCAACAACAUGCUGCCCUGAGUCACUGCUUAUGUUGUCUGCUAAGCUUACCCUGAUCAGUAGUAUUGUCCAGCAGCAAUUCAACAGUAACUGGCUGCAGCCUGGAAUAAUUUGUGUCUUGAUGGAACACAAUUCACCACAUUGAAAUCAGGCCACCAGAUAGCGGUCAUCUAUGCCCCCCAAAAGAUUGUUACCAUUUGCAGAUGCUGCCCCAUUAUCACACCUCAGCCAGUGGGUUCCUACUAUUGACUGGUCUGAUUUAAUAAUACCUUACCUGAAGCUCAACGACUGUUUGGCCUAAUUGGUUGUGAUAUUAAAUUGAGCUUUUACUGGUGCCCCAUUGUACGCUGUGUCAGAGGUCAGUGCUGAUACUAGUGUUCAGAUUGUUACAGCUUUACUGUUUCAAUUGUUGUUCAUUCAGAAAUUGUCAUUAAAAUUGUCUCAUUGAUGAGGCGCCUGUGUAAUUCUGCAAUCCUGUUAAUGCAGCAAAGUGUUGUGCAAAGGUGCAUGAAAUUAUUUAGAGAAUCUCACCUGUUCGUGAAAUAGUAUUUGCAGAGUAGAUUUAGGGUGUAGGAGGGAGAUAUUUAGAGAGGGGUUGGUAUGGUGGAGGAAAGCUGUCUGAUUAAUUAACCACUCAUAAGCUGCAGUCAGGGGAAGGCAUCUGGCCUCCAGCUCAUUAAACGCUGCCUGGCCGCUAACCAGGGAGAGUCAGACUGUGUAAAUUCUCGCCCUCUGUUUGUGUUUGUGUUCGUGUGCAUGAGUGGGAUUGAGGAUGAGCUGCACAGGGGGUUAGUCUAAUGAAUGAGCUGGAGUUCAUUUUUCAGAUACUGCACACACCUUUCCAAUCUGUGCGACAGGAUAUUGAGGGGAGAUGCGUGCUGUUUUCAUCCAUGAUGUCAGUCUUUGCACGAAAACAUGUGUGCAACAUGCAUUCAAGCAGGAAAUGUGGAAAUUUCAUUCAAGCAGUGGAUGCACUGCAGUGUUUUGAAACUAAAAGGGUAAGAAGAAUGGCCAAGCAGCACCAAGAGGAACAACUACCUCAUUUACUGCCGCUCCUGCGAAUGGCAACGAUUACCUGAGAGCAAAAGGUGAAAAGAAAAAUAUGUAAUUAUUGUCUCGCAGCCUCGGCUUCUCCCUCACCUCUCUCUGUCUCCCUCUACCUCUUUUUAUUCCUUUUGUUUCUCUCCAGAGCUGCUCUGUCUUUCUAUCUUUGUAUCGUUUUUCUAAUAAACCAUUCCUCAAGAUACACAACCGCCACUCUGACUGCUUUUCAGUCUUUUUCUCACAUCAAUAACAAGCUUCUUUCCUAUUCUUUUUUUCUAGUCUUGCCUCUCUGCUAUUGAAUUUUUAUGUUCUGUAUAUAAAAUCACUAUUUUUGAGUGUGCAGCAUUUUUGAGCCCUGAGACUCAAAAUACCACUUAGUUGCAUUUGGAUACUGAGCUUUAUACAGAUUUAAAAUGCUGCGUUUUCUUCAUUAGUCCCCUUUGAAGGUACAGGAAACUAAUGAUGUAAAAAAGGAGGAAGAGUCGGGGAGGGAAGGGGGGCAGGGGAGACUAUUUCUGCUAAAGUAGGAGGCUUAAAAGGCUGAGGCAUUUGAUCCUAGAUAUCUUAAAGGCUGCAGAGGUGCACUGUAGCUUUCUAAUAAGCUCUUUGAAGACCACCUUCACAGCAGGUCCUUUUACCUUCGGGGUCUUAAUGCAGCUUUGACACAAAUGGAGAGAGAGGCCCAGGAAGCUUUCAGGUUUUACCUCGGUCAGAGCGAGACUAAAUGGUUCAGGUGUUAAUGCGUUCUCUUCUUCCAACCUGCAAGCUGCUCCCAAUCCAUCGCCCUGUCAGUGAUGGAAAAAUUCAGUUUGCUGCAGGAAAAUAAACUGUUGCAUCAUCUAAGGAUGGGAGAUGUUGUCUUGGGGUCCCAUUUGAUGAAAAAUAGAUUUUCUUGCCUAUAGAUGUAUAUACUGGAGUUAUCUUACAGCCAAAAAAAACCUUGAGAAAGUGGAAGCUAAAAGCCUCUGCAUUGUUUCUGUAGCACACCUACAGGGAAAACAGCUUCUACUUGAGGAUUUGAACAGUCUCCUGUGGUGAUGUAACCACAGGAGUAAUUUGCAUAAGCACACAUUCAAAACCACUUUUGCCCACAUGUAUGCUCAAGUAAUUCCUCCUCCACCUGCACCACACAGGUUUUGCUUCGGCACUGCAAAGUCAGGAUGUCAUAGGACACGCCAACUGUUCUGCAAAAACCACCACAGACGUUCAUACUCUUUCCCAGCAGCCGUGCCGUUUUGCAUGUCGCAUGUCACAACAUCUUGCCAGUUUCAGUCAGUCAGUUUUCUUAACCUCGGACUGCCACAAUAGCAUGGUGUAUGUCAUGAUAUGUUCUGUUGAUUUAGUUUUUUUUUCCUGGUUCUAUUUGAGUACAUUUUGUGUAUUGUCCCUAGUGUUUCUGUUCCCUAUGGUUCAUAUUCCCCUGUAGUCCAGUCUUGUCAGUUUUUUAGUUUGUGUUUGACCCUGUUUCCCUCCUGUUCUCUGUGUUUUAUCCUGUAUAUCAGUUGUGAAUGUUUCCUGUGUUAUUUUGUAGUAGUUUAUUCCCUGUGUUUCUAGUCCUGUUUUACUUCCCUAGUUUUCCCUCCUUUGUUAAUCACUCAUUAGAUUCACCUGUGUCUUGUCUUCCUCGCCUGUUGCUGGUUUACCAGUGUGUAUAUAGUCCCUGUUAUUCCCUCUGUCCUUGUUGGUUGUAUGUAAGUCCAACCCGAGUUCCUUAUGAAUGAACUUUGGCAGGUCUAGACAGCAUAUUUUGUUAGACUUUUUUACAAAGACUCAACGUUGGUUCACCAUGAGUGAAGCACUAAGGACCAUUUAGCAAUUAAUAAAUGUUAAAUGUGCUAAAUGCAUAAUGAGAGAGAAAACCAUGAACAAAAGUGAAAUUAUCCCAACAUUUUGACUGUUGACUUUAUAAAAGAGGAAUCAUUAUUUAAACCUGUAAACCUUCUCUACCUUUUACCUAAACUUUGAGCAGUGAGGCGUCAGGCGUGCAGGGAGCUACCAUGCAUCCUGUUCACAAACAUCCUUUCACAGACACUGCUGUAACUUUUUUAUUUCAUGGCUCAGUGCUCUUUACAACCUGAUGCAUAAAACCUGGUCUUACCAACAUGUCUCUUUGUGAGGAUGUGGCAUUUUCAGGUCCAUGAAUGCUGGAAGCUGCGGCUCUUUGUUUGAAAAAUGGGACAAAUAAUCUGCUUGAAAUAGAAGCAGUUUUCUUCACCUCCUCCUCCUCCUCUUUCUCAAAGUAUUAUGAAUAAAAUAAACUGACCUCUGUUUCUCAUGUUUCUUCAGAGGCAGUUAAGAAUAACUGGGAAUUAAUAUGCAGCUGUCAGACUAGAAGAAAUAAAGAGGUGUGAUUAAAAUAUGAUGGCUUAUUGUUCCUUCUCUCACAUGCUGAAGUCACCUGGUGGGAAAAGCAGUGAUUUUCUCUUCGAUUGUGCAGCAGGGGCGGUCCUCCUGCAACUCUUAACAAGAAUGUGUCUCAUAUUAUUUGCUGUUGCAGGCUUUAUUGCAUUGAGCGUUUCUUGAUAAGAUUUUAGAGUUCAAUUUACAACGUCUGUGUUCGAUUUUUUGUUUACUUUUGUGUGUAGAUGUGUUUGUGAGGACCUAGCUGGUGAUUAAACUGUCUCCUGGGGGGGGGGGGGGGGGGGGGGAUUAAGCACCACAGCUCUGAUUGCAACCAUUUUUUUCAAUUAGCUGCCACAUUAUUACCUUGAUCUGACCGUGCAGCAUGUGUGCAUAGUACUCAUACAUGUGGUUACCGCACAAACAUAAUUAUUUUCCAAGCAGCGCAUGCACAAGCAGCAUGACUUCCUGUUCUUUAUUAGUGAACAAAAGCAGCUUUGAGUGCAUUUGGUAGGCAAAUUUCGGCCUCUUUUUGGUGUAUAUGUAUUGUUUGUCAGGAAUUUCCAGCUAUGUAGGGUGAGCAGUAAAACUGGGUCAGGAAGUUGAUUUUCAGACGUGCUUUAGGUAGCAUUUUCUAUUCUUGUUGUGCCUUUGUGUGAAAACAGGAAAUAUUUUUAUGCAAAUUCUCAUCACACUUUCAUGGCUCAGCACAAUAUGACAAGAAGAAGCAUGAAAGAGAAUAAAACGACUAAACUCCCCGUCUGGAAAAGGAUGUGUGUUGGGAUGCUGGUGUGUUUUAAAAGAACAGCAGCAGUCACAAUGUUUGAGUCUGACUUUUCUCACCUUCUUAGCGCCUUCUCCUGUUCUUUCUGAGAAAUGUAUCCACCCAUGUAAAGCUGUAUCAAAUCAAUAAACACUGCAGCAGUAUAGUGGGUGCAGUACAAGAAAACAUCUCCAUGCAUCAGGCUGAGCGAGUUAGUUUUCACCUGCACGCUGCAGGGAGACUCAGGGCUGUAAACUAAUGGAAACGCCAGAUUUAGAGAAUAAUUAAAGCUGCAGACAGAAACCCAUGUUAAAGAAAUAGUGCAGGUAGUUUUCCAGCUGUCAGGACAAAUAGAAGGCUGUAGCCGCAGAGGUGAGAAGAAGUGACAGAAGCUUUUGGCUUCUGGUAGCUUUCAGAACUGUUAGCUCCUUCAUAGGAGCCAAAAAGACUAGAGAGACUCAAUUUCAAUCAGGCAAUUUUAGUAAUGAAUAUCUGAAUUAAGAGUGAGAGAGGCAUGCUGGGAAAAGCUGUGUGCGUGUGUGUGUGUGUGUCAGAGAGAGAGCAGAGCAGGAGGUUUUGUGUGAAUUUCUCCAGCUGUCAGGUGAGAUGGAGAGGUCUGACCUUGAGCCCCCUCACUGAGAAAACUAGCCGAGCCAGCCAGCGUAUCAGAGAUGACAGGAUUUAUUUAUUAGGCUCUCAGUCAUGCCAGCGGGGAGGAGAAAAGAUUUUUUUCAACCUAAAUAAAUCAUUUCACUCAGCUACAAGGCAUUGUUUUGUUGAUGAAUAAAUUGCUGAAUGCAGAAACACUGAUUUCAUUGAAUUUUCUCCAGAGAUGAUGUUUUUUAUUUGGCUUCACGUAUGAUUGUGUCUCAUCAGGGCUGCUGUAUCGUCUGUAUUUGAAAGAAUGAUGAAUAUAGUCGUCAUUGUUAUUUUGGAUUGAUUUAAUUUAUUUAUUUUUAUUUAUUUAUUUAUUUAUUUUAUUUAACAACAAAACAGAGUGACAACAAAAACAACAACAACAAAAAAUUCACAAAAAUACUUUUGUGAGGGAGGGGGAAAGAAUAUAUAUAAUAGAGAAUAAAAAAAAUCUUAGUUAGAUUAAAUUGAAAUAUAUAUAUAUAUAUAUAUAUAUAUAUAUAUAUAUAUAUAUAUAUACACACACACAUAGAUAUAUACAUACAUAUGCAUAUAAAUACACACAUACAUACAUACAUAUACAUAUACACACACACACACAUUGUGUACAAUGAAUCACCAACACAACAGCGACAAGCAACAACAACAACAACAACAGCAUCAAUAAUAACAACAAUAGCAAUACUGGCAAUAAUAAUGACAACAAACGAAUGAUGACGAUGACAACAACAAUAAUAACAGUAAUGAUUACCACGACGAGGAUACAUAACAACAAAAAUCACUACAAUAUACAACACCAUAGUCCGGACCAGAGGCCAGCCCGGCCCCCUGCACUGCCAAAAAGCAGGCCGACCAGCACCCACGUCCGCCAUGGUGAGACGCCUGUGGGGCACCCCACAGGGCCCCGCCCCUUGACCACCCACCAACCGAACGGACCACCCACUCUACCCCUGAAUACCCCGGGCUACACAUGACUCUCAUCUUGUGUGUUGUUCAUGAUUGAUUCAAUUUUAACAUUGAUAUCAGUCUAACCAAAAGGCAAACAUGCGAGUGAAAAAACAGUCGUAUAUGAUUUAAAUGUUACAUACAAUCAAAUAUACAUGAUUAUCUUUGCAGUAAACCCUAUAAAUCAGUUGGAUCAGUUAAUCGGUCCAUCUUGGAAUCUAGUUUAAAUCAUUUAUUGUUUUCCCUGAUGCAGUGCAGCUAAGCCAUUCAGAAAGUACCUGGUUUGUUGUCAUUAAUUUAAAGGUUAUAGAUUAAUACAUAAAAGGCACCACCCCCCACAGGCUCACAGGAAGGACAGAUGCACAUGCACAGUUACGUACUGUUGUCGCCUCACACACAGCUUGUCUGGGUUGCUGUCUGUGUCGUUGAAAUAAAACAAACUAUUAUGUAACAUUACAUCUUGCUUAUGCUGUUUUACAUUUGAUCUGGGAGAUUUUGCAACAAAAACGUCUACCUGCCAAAGCCUCCUAACGCUGAAUGUCAGUCACUUGCGUAACAUUGGCAGAAGCUUGAAUUUUAGCUUUGAAUUUAACGUGUUCAAUUUUUAGCAUUUAAAGAAGGACUGAAGUGAUAUUUUUGAUGAUAUUGUUUUUUGAAGUGGCAGCUGAAAUCUGCUAGAUACAAUGAUGUAAUUAUUUACAAAAUGGUAAAAACUGGAGAGCCCUAGAUGUGAACGUAGUUGAUUGUUGUUAUAAUACUGCCAACUAAGAUCUUGGCAGCUGGCAGCAGCAAGUGCGAGGCUUGCGUGUUGGUGCUUGAGUCCAAGUCAUUUAGACAAGUCAUUUGAUGGUGACUGAUCCUCUGCUGAAUUUUGCAAUAGUUUCAGCCUCGAUGUGAGAUGCAUCUUGAAAACCGUCCUAGAUUUGUUGUGACAGAAGCAGAUUUCUUAAAAUACGGUGUCAGUGUAGACAUGAAAUCAACAUCUACAAAACUGAACACAAUUGAACCAUUUUCGACUAUUUUUUAAUGGUGCAAAGGUUUUCGUAAAGGUUGUUUCAACAGGGAUUCACCAUGUAGCGCCUUCCUCGUAUGAAAAAAGUCAGGAUAAACCAUCUUAAUUUUAUUGAUAAUAGUCGUGCUGUUUUAAAUUUGGGUGAGUAUUUUGAUUAAAAAUUCUGUUUAAGCUUAGGAAUCUCAGGUCUGAAUCAUCCUCGUCUCUGACCUUGUUGAAACAGUAUUUUUUUUAAUCCAGUGAGUCACUACAUGGUCAGUUGUUUACAGCAGAUUUCCUGGUGUUUCGCAGAGUACACAGCAGCCUACAGUACAAACGGCACUCUAAUUGGAAUUUGUUCACAGUAUCGAUCGUGCUGUGGCACUUUGGAAAUUGAGUCGUUAAAGGAGAUUAGCUGCUGCUAACUCUGCCUUUUAUUAACCAGCAGAUGAGGGACGACACUAAGGAGGCUGUACGUUUGCACACAGUUACCAUCCCCAGCCUCCGCUAGACUCCCGUCCACAUGGGAAAAAAGAAAAAAAAAACCUCAACCAAUAAUCCCCUGAGAGGCUGCAGGAAGCAAGAGUGAAGAGUUGCCUGAUGAAGAGUUGAUUGCAAACAUAUAUAAGGCUGAGCUCUAAAAAUGUUCUGUGUAGGAAGAGCGGGUGUUUGGUGCUCAGUUACAGUGAUUAACGAGUACGAUGUGUGCGAGGAACAGAACUGUGAAGAAAUCUAAGUUUCUCCCACACUUUGGCCCAGAGGCUUUGUUUGCACUCAGUGGCAAGACUAUACAAAACAAAACAAAGAAAAAUCCUCUCGUAAAAUGUGGUUAGGAGUUGAAAAAAAAAAGGAUUUGGUGAUCAAGGUUUGGCUCUACACCUCCCACGUCAUCAGAUUCAGACAGAAGGCAGCAAACUUUAGAGACUGUUGACUUUUAUUACCUUUAAAAUUGGGAAAGAGCGAUUUAUAUCUGCAAAACAGACCAAAACUAAUACUCAUACCUCUUAGUGACCUACAAAAGCAAACAGGGACAAAAGCUAAAGGAUUGACUAUUUCAGUGGAGUUAUUUUGAACGCCCAAAAAUCACUGCUAUCGAUGUCAGCCUUCAUUGAAAUUUUUGAAAACAAAGAUUCGCCUUGACUGAGGAAAAGGAGAAAAUAAAAAGACCCUCCCUCAGAGGAACGCCAUGUACCAAGAAAAUUAGACAUGUUUCCUUUUGGGUUCAUACUUCUAAAGAAAGCAGUAAUGGAGCUGAUGAAACAAAGACUUGACAGGAAGAAAUGACCAAAGUGAACUGGUGAACCUAGACUCACCUUAAACAGAUUACCAAUUUCAACGACGAAACUGAAGCUUACCAAAAACAGAUGGCUUCCACUGACAGUUAAACUGAUACUAACUGUUAGCAGAUUAUUUACAGUAAAACUGAGACUCAUCAAAAACAUUUCACCCCACUAAAUGAAAAGGAGACUCACCUGAAACAGAUGAUCACUUUUUACCAAUGAAUGUGGGACUCACCUGAAAGAAAUGGGCAAGAAUUAACAUUUAAACUAAGACACAGACUAUCCCGGUUACAUGGUAGAGAAAAUCGAAUUCCAGUCGCAUUAUCUGGGUGUCUUAAUCAGAGUUCUCAAACUCUGAUUAUAGUCGGCUAAGGUCAUUACAUGCACUUUAGUUGUCUGGUCUUAAUUGGAAUGAGGCAAUAAUUCGGUUUUCUCAAGUGUCAUGUAAACGUACUGACUGUCUCUGAGACUCGGCAGAAACAGAUGACCAGGAUUGACAAUGAAACUGUGACUUGUCAGAAAUAGAUAACCACCACUUACAAUUAAAGUUAAAGUCACCAUUCUCAGAUUUUGUCUCUGUCUCAAAGCAAAGACAUAGACAUUGCACACAUUCAAAUGAUUAUUGGAUAAAGGCUUUUGCCAAUUGGACAGUAAACAACACAGCUGAUUGAAAAUGAAGUUUUGGCUGAAAAUUGUUUAUCCACUUUCCACACUGGCCUUGCCAAGAAGUUGGCAUCUGUUCUUUAAGACAAAUAUAGUUGUCAGAUUACAGAAGAUAAAAGCAAAUGGGUUCAGAGAUCGAGGAAAUUACUACCCCGCAGUAUUUUCUCCAGAGCUUACUCUCACUUCUUUUUCUUGCCAGUGUCAUUCUGUCUUGAAAUGAAUUAAUAGACUGCUGUUAUAAAGCAAAAAGUCUGAAUGGGCUCAUUUAGCCCCUCUUUCUGUCAGUUGAAGGAAAAUAUUGUGAACUCCUGAAUUAUUCAGUAUGAGACUUCUUAAGGGCAGUGUGACUGAAGUUAGUCUAGAAAUGUCUGAAACUAUGCUAAGCCAAGAAAGAAAAUAUGUGCAGGCAGAGGAGGAGGAGGUUUAAUGGGAUAUCUGGGCUCUCACUAAUUUGAUUCACUUUCUGGCUGAAGAGGACCACUCCAACAGAGUUUGUAAUCCUGCUUUCUGAUCCUCCACUUCUCUUUCUUUUUGAAAUGCCAACAGACCAAGAGACUUUAAAGAUUUCUCUCUUUGUCCUUAUUUUAUUGACUGGUGAUGUAAUACAAUUUCUUUUCAGCAGAGAAAGGUGACUUUUGGCCGGGUGGUGAUAAAUGAACUCUGACUUGAGGAGUGUGUGCACACAUCGCACUUUUCUAAAGCCUAAUGCAAUUGCUGGGGAACAGCGAGUAGGGAGGCUUUACUUUCGCUCAGUUUCUGUAAAAGAAGAACAAUAUAAAGGCUGCAGGCUCCUUUUUUUUCUCAGAGGCUCAAACCACAAAUUCACUCUGAGUCCCAGGAGUGGUGUUAUUUAUCUUGAUUCUGUGAGUUUUCCUCACGUUAAGCUACUUUUGGGCCGCAAAGAACUGUGUUUUCUGUGCAGUUCUUGAUGAUUUGAAACUAAAGCAUUUAUACGUUUAUAAUUACUCUCUGUAGUGUGCCUAAAUCUUAAUCUAAUCAAAGAAAACAGUGCUGGGUCAGGACCUCCUCUCAGCACUGCAGUCUUCAACUUGCAUUGACCUUAUUGCUGUAGCUGCAGGCCCUUUAAUUGACUAGGUGUCCACUAUCAGCAUGCUUCUGGUUUACCACCUGUCAGGUAGUUAAUUAUUUGAGCUGAGGACGACGAGAAAACAUUACUGUCAGACUAAUUUGCACAUCGAUGUGUUUUGUUGGAAAGCUGUGUGGCUUCUAAUGAAGGGUAAACAGAAAUAGAAAUGACUGGAGAGAACAUACAACGAAAUUAGACAUGAAAGAUUGAUUUAAAAUGUGACCCUGAGGGCUUCAGUAAAUCAUCUGAAAGGGGAAAGUCUAUCGUGUUUCAACUGAUGUUUGUUUUGUGUCUGUGAACUGCUCUCCAAGUUCAUCAUAGAAUCUCUUCAAAUGAGAGAUAUCGUGACUCUUUCCAGUGGAGCUCCUGAAGUCUCAAAACAGGGUGACUUUUACUUUGUUAAGAUAAACCUAGUUCAGGAGUAGGGCUGGGCUUUAUGGAAAAAAGUUUAUCACAAUAAAUUUUGUUCAUAUCAGUCGAUAUCGAUAUAUAUUACAAUACAAAAAUGAAAUUUAUGAGUACUUAUUUGUAGCAUGUCUUUUGCAAUACCAUAAGUUACUGCAUCUGUGAGGUCUUUGGUAAAGGACUGAAUGGUCGGCUGUUUCGGCUGCACAGGUGCCAUGGGCUCCUUGCUCCGCUCAGAGUUUAUAACCUUUUGCAUUACGCGUGCUCUGCCUCAUGGCACUGCUUCAGGUGGUGCAAAAGAUUUGAGGCAUUCCCCGACUUUGCAAGAACAUGUACUCGACAUAAUUUGCAGUGCACAUUACUCUGCUUCAUGUCCGACCUCAAAAAACAAAAAAAAUACCUCCACACCACCAACGUUUUUGGACCAGUGUUGUUGACAAUGUCGUCAUCUGUUGAGCCUUCAUCUGCAUUUCUGACGGGGGUAACACUCAUUUUCUUUUUUUUUCACCAACAGUGCUGUCAGCUUCGCGUGGACCCUCAUUCUCAUUCACAUCCUUAAUGAUAGUAGAAGUUUAUGUUAUGUUGAGUGAUUGAUUGAUGACAUGUAUUUAUGUGUCAUGCUUACAAAGUGUCCAACCUUCAUGGUUUAAUUUGCGGUGGUACAAUGAUUCACAGACUCAUUUCAAAAUGACAUCUUCUUUUUACAGCUCAGUCUUAAACUUUGUAUCCUGUCUCUUCUCCCAAACUUUGUACAUAAAAUCUGCUACAAAGAAGGUUUCUCUUCUGAAACACAACUCAAUUUUUUUACAAUCAUCAAACAAGUUGAAUCAUUUAAAUUGAGUACAAUUUACCACAAAGCACAUCCUUCAAGUCAUCAUAGAUGGGACAGUAAAUCAACAAAUCUCAAACUCACGUAACAAACAAACAAACUGUGUACUCUGGAGUGAAAUUAAACCAGUCUCAAAAGCUGAUGGAUUUAGGUUGUUGAUAUAAAAUGUAAUCAUUGGUGGUUAUGUUGUGUACUAUGUUGACAAUAUCACAGUGUUUUGCCCAUCAAUAAACCCCAUCACAUUCAAAUCUAUCAUGAUUUGAAUCAGUAGAAUUUUGUCACCCUCUUCCCAGAAAUGCAAACUUCCCCCACGCUGUUUGCCAUGUUUGACAAAUCAAACAAACGACCAUAAUUUAUUGCAAACAGACCAUGCACAGACAUAAUGCAACCAUGAACCAGUAUUAUAAUUAAUACAUGUCAUACAUAUGUGAGUUAUUGUAUUUGAGUUUUUAAGUUAUAGGAUUGAUAUUUUCCAAUAAGAAUUUUGCUAUUUUCCCCUUUGACACAGGAGUAUGGUGUUCAUGUGAACACUUUAUUUUGUGCACUCAAGAUAAUUAGUUGUUAAUGUAGUGGUUAAGUACUUCCUCUUGAGCUGUGUGAUGAACCAGACAUAACAAUCCACCUUUGCCUCCGACAAGCUGUUUAUUUUGAUAACAGCAGGUGCAUUUUGGACCUCUCAUAGCCUUUUUAUUUUUAGUAGUUCAAAGCUUUGAAGAGUUGCUAAACACAGAGAAGAAUAAUACAGCCAACUCUAUCUAUCUAUCUAUCUGUACGUCCGUCUGCCCGUCCGUCCGUCGUUCCGUCAGCUGGUGGACUUAUUAACAGCUUACAGUUUCACUCCUCACUUUUCUUUAUCGUUCUCAUUAAAAAGCAUCUUUGUGUUGUUUUUGUUUCUCUUUCAGUGCUUGGGGGUCAAGAGUCUCGAGGUGUGCUGAGGAAAAUCAGUGACAUGCUGGAGGUCAUAAUGAAGAGGAUGGAUGCUCUUUCUAAACUGGGAAACACCACAGACACUCACAGGCUGGAUGAGCUCAGCUCGGCUCUCGACAGGUACGCCUUCUUAGUCUAUAACGGCUGUCAGACUUGUUUUAAAUUAGACACAGCCCGUGUGAAAAGCCACCAGCUGUCAGGUCAGGUUAGUCCUUCUGCACAAACAUCAAGUAAUUGCAUCUGACAGGUGGAGGAAGGACUGUAUUCUUUUAAAAGUUCAAGAUAAAUGGCAGCGUGUGGGUUAUCUUUCAUAGAAAAGUUCAUCAGGAUUAGAGCUGACUGGAGGUUAUGUGGAUUGACUUUGAAUCUAUUUCCAUGUCUUUAAUAUCAUUGUCUGAGCAGUGCAGAUGUCAGUGUAGGGUUAUCUGACUGCAGUGUUAUGAAAUAUUAGGAGAUAAGAUCUUAAAGGUGUGAAGAAAUGGGGAUAUUAAGUGAAAUUUGGCGGUCAGAUUCUAGUUUGAAACACUCCCUUACUCACCCCUCAUGAUGGCCAAGCUUUAUAAGUGAUGUUGGCUGAUCCUCUAUUUAUCAAGUCUGUACCAUCAAAACUGUCAAAGAACAAAUUAUUCAAUGCACAACAACCUCUUCUGCGUCAUCUUCUGCAUCACUUUAAGUCAGAAAUAUAUGUAUAUAUUUUUUUUAUGUUGGUAAGUUUUUCUUGGCUGGAAAUGAGGCUGGUGUGGUAACCUUUUCCUGUGUGCAAAUUCAUGCAUACUUCCUCAACCAAUCACUUUUACAAGGGACAUAUUUUAGAGAUUUGAAUAGUUGACAGGGACAAGACAAUUUCACAUUAAAGCAACUUCUGUAAAAUGAUAAAUUGGGAUGAUUCCAUUUUAAUGCAUCAGAGAGCCAGUGUGUUAAUUAAAGAAAAGUAAUUAAAAGUGAAUUUGGUCCAGGUAGGGUUUUCGGGUCCCCUCCAGAAUUUUCUUGAGUUUGAAACUGAUUUUUUUUGUACCAAUUUGUCAUGAAGUUAUCUUUAUAUUGUAAAGGAAACAGUCUGUUUUAAUAAAUGUGUCAAACUGUCUGCAUGUUUGCCAAAUUUUACUGUCGGAGAAAAAAAGGCCCUCUAUUUCUGCCAAUAAUAUCGAUUGUUGAUCAUUUACACACCUUCACGAACCUCUUUUGAUUAAUAUUCCAUGACGAUAUGCAAACAUACCCCGAUAUUAGUAUAUUUUCUUUUCUUCCUCUUUCUUCCUUUUUCUUUUCUCUGCUCCUUUUUGUGCCCUUGUUUUGCUCCACAACUACCUGCACUUUGGAUGCUCAGUGCACACUGCACAGCGAAAGGCACAUAACGGUAGCAGAGCUUUGUCAUAUCGGCAGUAAGAAUCAUAGGCCUACAUCAGCAGCAGCACUAAAAUCUUUUCACCUUUUUUAUUUUAUUUUUACAAUAAUAUAUAUUUGAUCAUAGAGAAAGCAUCACUCAUACAUGCAAAAAUUAAAAAAUUUUAAAAAAUAUAUAUAUAUUGAUUGCUCUUGGGGGGCCCCUUAUUGGCUGCGGGGCCUUAAACGGGCGCUUAGUUCGCUUAUGCCUUGGGCCACCUCUGGCAUGAGACAAAGAAAUAAAAUUGAAUACUAACACAUGCAGACAUGCUCUAGUCACUAGCAGGUCUUGACCAAAUGGCAACCUGCGAUCUAGAGAAAUUAAGGGCUUAAAACCUCUAUGAGUGUUCACUUCAGGUUGACUCCAGAAAAACCUGAAAUCACUGUAGUUAUUUGGCAUUAGGCUAAAGGCUUGCCUCUGGUUGGUUGACACAAAUUAGGUUACUCAGCAUUAUCAAGCCCAUCGGCGGCUGCUGAUAGGCUUCAAAACUCUGCUUCCGAAACAAAUGCAUUAUGUCACAGAUACUACUUCUAAUUACCAUACAGUCUAUGGUGGUGAAGUCCUUGCCUGGAGUGAAAUGUUCCUCUUUUCAUCCUGGGAGAUAGUUUGAGCGAUGUCUUUUCUGCGGCACUGGACUGGUUAUAAAACAGCUGUACUAUUAUACUUGUGUAACGCCGUAAGCGUAGUAAAAUAAUGACAAAUCCACCUGGGGCUGUGCUCAGUAAACAUUGUUCUUAAUGAAAACACCAGUCAGUGCCAACAGGGACCUGAGGGGGUAUAACAGUUCAGCUGAGUAUGCUGACUGUUGUUAUGCAGGAAAAACCCAGGACAUUAAACACUAAUUUACAGCGGACCAAUACGGUAGGAGCUGUAAUGGUUAGGUUGAAGCCCAUACACUGAAGAGGACUCAAGUGGAAGAAAGAAAGUGGACCAAGUCCUCAACCUUGGGGCAGUCCAACAAAGCAGAUACCUUAUGUUUAACAGUCUUGUUGUUGAAAAGGAGACGAUAUGUGGCAGAACAAUACCUCUCCUCUCUUCAGGCAGAAAGAGACAUAAAAGAGACUCUCAUAUAAUUUGGAAAAAUAAGGUCGAGCAUGGGUUUUACUGGACAACUUGAAGCUUGGAGCCCUGAGUUGUGGGUGCUGUGUGGUUUCCAUGGUGACAGACUUGUUCUCAUGCCUGCACCUGCUCAGGGUUUGAGGAGAGGAAGCUCUUUCCUGUCUGAUGCUCUGCUGUUCAUUUCUCACCAGUCCCGAUUUUACAUCUAUUCUACUCUGAGCUGGUAAAUCUCUCCUCUAAAUUCGUCAGUAAAUACAGCCACAGGCAUUGUCAUAAAGUCGUAUUAGUGGUGUAAGGGAAGGCUGUGCAAUAAGAAUUGUGAAUUUUGUCAUGUGUGGCCACAGUGUAACUGCUGCAGACCGUAAGUAACACAAAAUAUAAAAGCUGCAACACCUCUACCCAGAAGUGUUUGACCUUUUCUUCCACAGACUAGUGAGCACGUUUUAACAUCAGUGCUACUCUUAUUAGAUUGCAUGGUAUCAUACUGUAUUGUACUGCUGCAUAUAGAAAGGUUUCAUUUGAACUUUAAUGUUUUGUAUGGUUCUGUAUGAUCUUGUUCUUUACUGAGUUAUACCCAGGGGUAUGGUUUGGUAUGUUUUGGUGUGGUAUGGCGUCAUGUCUCAUUGUAUCUCACUGUGUUUCAUGUUUUUUUAUGUUUCAUAUUGUAUUGUAUGACGUUGAAUCAUAUCAUAUUGACAGUUAUAGAUCUAUUGGGGGGAAUAGAUUAAAUAUAAAAACAUCUUUGUACUAUUUGAACUUAUUAGACUUAGUUGAAAAUCAGUGAACUUAGAUGAUAUGUGUAGCUGAAAAUUUCUUAGAAAAUAGAAUUAGCUGCAGUCUUCGUUGUGUUACCACAAGCAACAAUAAUAACUACACUAAAUUCACAUUUGUUAACUCAUAGUUGUUGUCAGAAACUUUAUUUUUUGCUGAGUAAGGGCUAGGGGUGUCCCAAUCUGAUAUUGAUAUCAGAUAUUGGUCCGAUAUCAGCAAAAAAAAAAAAAAAAAAUCGGGUUACAUCAGCCUGCAUCUAAAACCUUAAAUAUAAGCACUCCAAUAUAAGUAGUCCAUUCCAGACUCCACUCCCCCACCUCUAUCUAGCAGUGCCCGAAUCCAGCAUGUAGAGCCCAUGUCAUCACAACAACAGUGUGCACUAAAUUACUAACGAAGUAACAAGGAGUAGGAGUGAUGUUGGUUGUGUGGCAGUAUUUUUCGUUGAAGUCCGAAAAAGACGUUGCAGCUGAGUGCAAAAUUUGUCAUGCACAAGUUAUCGGAUCAAUGUCAGUAUCGGCCAGUACUUAAGGCUACAAUAUCUGUAUCAUAUCAGAAGUAUAAAAGUUGUAUCAGGACACCCCUUGUAAGAGCCCUGUCAUGUCUAUCAUGAAGCAUCUAUGCUGGUAGCAGAAGUUAAUUCCUAAUGUGUUGAAGUAUAUACUGAAAGAUGUUCCUUUAUAAGUUUGUUGUUUGUCUUCCCAAAUGUUUUUAUCAUGUGUCUUUUCUAUCAUAGCCCUUAAAUGAUAAGACAAUGAUAGGAAACUAUAAGCGGAUUGUUAAAAAGGUUUAAAGCACUGCAGGCUAACUCUUCUUUCAUGGAGUUCAUGAAGAUAAGAAAAGGAUUUCGCUCUGAUAAGAGAUAGAAAAGACUUUUCCAAGUAAUAAACUUUCCUCCAGUCUGACUCUCUGCUUUAAAUAACCUUCUGGAAAACAUUUAUUAUACUGUGGCCAAAGCUCUGCUUAUAAUUACUUCUAUCUACAGUUUGAUAUCACACUCACAGAAUUUAAUUUUCUCUACACAAUGCCCUGUGGAUAUACUCACAGGCAUAUAGCUCCAGCUCAUUUAAUUGGCCCCUCAGGGACUGAACUGUGAGUGGAACAGUGGCAAAGGCCAAAUAGUUUUAAAACUAACUCCAUGGUAGAAAUGAAUCUCACGCUGAUCCAUUGUGACUGACUUUUACCUCUCUGCACAGGUGAUGAAAAUCUCUGCAUGGCUCAGGGUCAGAGUUGAGCCCAGAUAUUACCAAGAGAUAGUCAAGUGAGGAAACCUUUGGCAACCUUACAAACUGUUAAAAGCCUCACAGCUGUCCUUUUUUUCUGUAACUGCUUAUAGGAACAAUUGGGUAAGAGUCUCUGCAGUGUAAAUGUUGGAGGAUUCUGCAUGAAACUGGAUUUUUUUUCUCGUUCAUUGGCAUCAUAGCCUAUCGUAUUGUUUUAUAUUGUAUAGUAUUGGAUCAUGUUGUAUUGAGUUGUAUCAUUUUGUUAAAGACAUAGAUGGUCUAAGCAUGUUGAUGAUGACCAUUAGAGUGUCCUGUUAUGUGUGUAUGAAUGUGUGCGCUACUGAAUUGUCUAUUUGAGUUUCUGUAUACUGUAAUUGGCGGUUAAUUUCAGCUGAAAAGGAAACAGACAAGGUUUGACGACCAUUUGCCCUCUGGGUGCCACAUGAAUAAACAAAACAGAGGUGUAGCUUUAUGUUUAACUUAGCUGGACGAGUUCCUAUUUGGUGAUAAAAUAGACUCAUAUUAUGUAUGAGCUACAAAAACUGAUCAGGCCAUCAAGAAGAAGAAGAAGAAGAAGAAGAGAGGUUUGACUUGAUCUACAGCUAAUCCUAAAACUGGUGCUAAACAAUUCAAAGCACAAUGUCAGUGGAGCUUCUGUUUUGUUUAUUUCACUGCUAAAUUUCUUAGUGAGUGGUAUAUGAGAUGACGACAGGAAAGCAGGAUGGGGAUAUGUUAUUAAAGAAUACCAAAACACAAAUAUAGGAUACCAGCCAAGAGUGAAGAUUAACAAUAAAAGGUACAAAUAAAGUUUCCUAUGGUUUCUUUAAGACAUGCACAGAGGCACAGUUAAGUUUCCUUCACACAGAAAUGCAAGCUGCAGCAGUGAAACCGUAGUAUUAUUGCUUCAUCUGUGCCUGUUCCCUUUGUUUGUGUGUGUUUACGUCUCCACAGCAGUUUAAUGAGCAGUGUAAACCCCAGAAUUACUGCUGCAUGACAAGAGAAGCUCAUUAAAAAUAUUCAUUUAAAUGUUUGUUGUGCUUGUAAAACAGGGCAGUGAUACAGCUGCUCGGCCAAUAAGUUUCACUUGAUUAUUACUAAUGCAGAACACAUCCGAAGAGUCAUUACCUUGUUCCUUAGAUGGAUUUUCAGGUCAGCUGUCUCUCUUCAGGAUAUGCUUAUCUUCAUUUUGCAAUUUCAGCCCUCCACCAGUUUAGUGGUUAGAACCAUUUACCUGAAAAAUGAACCAUUUACAAGCUUCCUGUCUGCAAAAUACUCAAACAAGUGCAACAAAUACAGUUCAACAGUAAUGAAAACACUAAAUUUCUGCUCCAGUUUGAAACAUUUAUAAUGAUAAUAAAAAACUUAAUUCAUAAAGUCCAUCUGUCCAUCCAUUUUCCACCAUUUAUCCCAUUGGGGGGUCACGGGGGGCUGGAUCCUAUGCCAACAUUUUGGGGCGAAAGCAGAGGACACCCUGGACAAGUCACCAGUUCAUCGCAGGGCUUAAUUCAUAAAGUAAUUUUCAAAACAGGGUUACAAAGUGCUUUACAAAUUAAAACAAAGUAGGAAGAGAAGAGACACAUAAAAUAGAAAUGUGAGGAACACAAAAACUAGAUAUUCAAAAGUUUAAACAACUCAGUGGGAAUUCAAGAAAUUAAGAGAUAUAAAAGCAGAUACAUAAAAAAGAGGUAUAAGAAAAAGCUUAACGCCAGAAAAGAGGAAAUAAUGUGAAACAAAAACACCACAAAAGAGCAGCAUAAAACAGGUUAAUAGGACAUAAAGAGAGGUUUCCAUUCUGAUCUCUGACAUAGUGUUGCAGGUAUUCCAGUAAAAUAAAAUGAUUAACAGUAUCAGAGGCAGCACUUAAGUCUAAAAGAACCAAAAUAGAAGAUUUUCCAGUAUUUUCAAAACUUUUAAUUUUUAAUGGAGUUUAGUGUCUGUGCUUUAUUCAAUCAAAUAAAACUACAAGUAGUAAACUAAAAUGGAUAAAAAAAAAGUUUUACUGAUAUGAUUUAGUGUUUAACAGAUAGUAAGUUUUCCAAGUAAAUGUUAAUUGUGUUUCAUGAUUUUUUUUUUUCUUAUUUUCAUAACAACCUGGUCACUAAUCGAGGCACGGAAACUAUAUUAAAACCAACUUUUUUAAUUUUGUUUUGUCCAGCCUCAUAUAUUUACUUUUUUUAUGUGAGUGUAUCGUCCUCACUCAUUUAAGAGUUGUUCCACAUUUUAUUUUUCUGCCUGUAUUGUUUGCUUUAUAUUCUUCCAGGGUAAUUAACUGAGUAAUUUUCAUUGUUUACUGACAUUUUAGAAAAAUGUAUUAAUUAACUGCGGUACUGUAUGAUGCUGAAUGAGUUAUUCAAAAUAUUUCUUAUUGCAAUUAUUUAUGAAGCUAGAUGUGACACAACUGGGGCUUGAACAAAGUUUACAUCUCUGCAAAUUCAAACUGGUUUCUGUAAGCUGUGACUUUCUCUUAAACUAGAGGCAGAGGUCUUUCUCAAGAAUAUUCAUAAUUUAUUGCAUGCGUCCAUUAAGCAUUAAUGCAGGUGGCUGGAGUACCUUCCUGAGGUGUUACAGCAAAGAUAUAAAAUAUGAUCAUUUUGGAGGUUUAUUGUUAAAAAAUAAAACUAUGAACUUGCUGCUCUUCCAGUUUGCAGUGUUUUCACCUUGCAGCACAUUUAAAACAUCAUGGGUUUUCCUUGCUGCAAAAACAGUCUUGGUUUUGGGAUAUAUUUUGGAAACUUUGGCUCUGGUGAAACAUUUUGCAAAAGAUAAACUGGUGUAGUGAUGCAAAGCUACUCUGCUCCUUCGUCUGAGUUUAAACACAGUCAGUGCAAGAGUCUGAGAGGAGUCACUGGUCCUGAAAAUCAGGAAUUGAGUCGAAGUCAAGUCUAUCUCCUGGACUCAUGCAUUACAUUAUGGGUGGAAACCUGUUCUCUUUAUUCACCCUGUAUUUAUUCCCUCUACAUUUGUCCUCUCUGUGUUUAAAUGUUGGAGUGUAAUUGUUUUAAUGACAGUUUACAGGCUACAGAGGUUAAAAUGCAACAUAAUGUAUUUACCAACAACCUAAAUGUCCUUCAUAUUUCCCCUCGAUUAUGCUGACUUUCUUUUUCAGCUCAACAAAUAAAUUUUCUGUCAGCAUUUAAAAGCUUUUUCAAUUUCAUGCCUGGAGUUGUUGACAAUUAACAUUUCUGCCAUGACUUCAGGCUCACUGUGUUGGCAUAAAAAGUCAACAAAGCCGCUUGGAUGGAAGGACCUGUGAAAGAAAAAUCCUUUUUUCUCUGGAGGCUUCUGAAAACAGAUGUGACCGAAACAAUUUACACUUUCACAUUAAGAUAAAAAAUGAUGCACACCAGGUGUUACAGUGAAGAGAUAAGAAUGGAUCUGGCCAAAAGUAAUCAGACAUUAUGAAGACUGUUUGUAAAUGUAAUCAUAGAUAGCAUAAAAUAGCAGCAUAUCUGUUGUAUCGUAUUAUAUCAUAGCACAUUGUUUCAGUGCAUCUUAUAUCUUAUUUUGUAUUAUUCUGUUGUGGGUCAUAUUGUUUCAUGUUAUCAUAUUGCAUGUCGUAUACAGUAUGAUAUGUAUCCUAUAUUGUAUUGACCUGAAUAAUAACAGAAUCUCUGAAUCUUUUGAGCCUUUAUUUGGUGACACUUGAUUUUGUCUCUCUUGUUUAUUUUGCUGAGUUAGGCUCACUGUCAAAUUUACUCAAAAAUACCCUCAACCCAUUCACUAUUGAUUAGAAUAGGGAGUUGCACAUUAGGUUGAUUAAACAAUUAAACUUCAUUACCUGGCAGUCAGCACCAGACCUAUUAAGUUUUUAUUUUUUUAAUUUAUUGGCUUUAAAUGUGGUCAGAUUUUGAUUCUGUGCUGUAGUGUAGCCCACUGCCACUAUCCAGGGCUGUACCUCUGAUUAAUGGCUACUGCUAUAGAGUCAAAAUAUUCUACUACCUGGAUGAUAACAGGCACAGAUGACUGAUGGCAUCUUGUAACACGUCAGUGUUUUAAUGCGUAUAAUGGAUAUAAAUUUGCUUUUAGGCUUUUUUAGUCAGUAGUAGGGUUGGGCAUCGAGUCUCGAGCAUCAAUGGGGACCGGGACUAAAAUACCGAUUCUCCCGGAACCGUUCGAAUUUUGAAAUUUCGAUUCCAAUACUCCAAGGCAAUAUUUAUUUUGUUAGGACAGUAGGGGAAAGUCCCGCCUCCUUUGCCUCUGAUUGGAUAGAAAAGCUGGAAACGUCAUCACACGCUCAAGCCAAACGUGGGCUGUCGGCUCUGUAUAAAGAACAGAAUAUUACAGUACAUUAUUGCACUUCUGAAUCUCCUCACCAUAGACAUAAUAUACAUGAAUGCCUCAAAGCCUGACGCUGCCUAUUGGAGCUCUCGUGUCAACACAGCCGCCAUCUUGGAUGGGUCCCCUAUGCGCCCCCAGUGCAUUAAGGUAGGUAGGAAUACCCAACCAUAUUGAUAAUAACUCUCUGAAUCUCUGCCCAAUUUUCACACUGUUUGGUUUGUUACAACGGCAGGGAUGUAGUGAUAAUACAGGACAAUGUCACAUUAAUAAUAAAACAAAUUAUUUUUUAAUCCUAUUUGUGACAUGUAAUCCUACGUGAUCUGUUUUCAAUACUGCGUCGGGUUUACCAACCAUAGAGUGCAAAAAAACAGGCAUAGUUGCUCGUUCUCCAUUGACCCCAUUUGGCCCUUGCGGGAGCCUGGAGUGGGGAGACCCAUCCAAUAUGGCGGCGACGCUGGAUUACGCUCCCGCAUGCAAUGAGGCGUCUAUGUGUAUCUUGUCUAUGCUCCUACCCUAACCCUCAUCCUAACCCUCAUUCUAAUCCUAACCCUAACCCGACAGACGAUGACGUUUCAAAGCCAUUAGGAAUAACCAAUCGGAGCCCAGCACUUAUAGCCAAUCAGAGGCAAAGGUAGGCGGGACCUUCCCCUACCAUCCUACAAAUAUAAAUUUCGCCGGUAAGUCCGCCGACCGGAAGAAAUAGCCGCCGAACACCCACGAGGACGAAGCGUAUGAGACGAAGCCACAGAGAGAGAAGAGAAACAGAGAGAGAGAGAGAGCAUUGCAACCCACAGCGGCGGCGGUCAAAAAUUUGGCUAACUUUAGCGGGAGGAAUGAACUCUUAUCUCAACAUUAGCAACUCAGUUAUAUCAUGUAAAGGAGGGUAAACGACCAACAUGAUUAAACACCUUAGGAUUCAUGGAGGAGAAAUACCUGAGUGCCCGUCUUUGACGCGCUUCGCCGAUCUUCUGCUAACCAGUCAGAAUCAGAUAAGUGAAACAAUAAAGUUCCUCUGUCUUCUGCUAACAUUGAAGCGGCAAACAAAUUGUACUGUGUAUGGUGGGUCAACUUAAAUAUCCAACUAAUGUUAGCCCUUGUACUUUUUCAUAGACAAACGACCUGACAACAAAAAUGGAUAUUUACUGGUUGAAAAUUGCCCUGUGAGAAAUUCAUAGUUAAGUUCUUAAAAAGUGAAUAUCAAAAUUCAUGGAGAAGUUCAGAAAUUUCAUCCAAAAAGAACUCUGGUUAUUUUUAAUAUCCUGCCUUUUAAAAGAAUCGGAACAGAGAAUCGUUAGGAACUGAAACCGAAACGAGGAAUCGGAAUCGGAACAGGAAUCGUUCAAAAUCAAAAGAUACCCAACCCUAGUCAAUAGCAUGAAACCACUUGAGCAAUGUGUCAUCAUCAGCACAGACAUGCGGGCGUUAACCUGCAAGGAGGACUGAAGGCCAAUCAUGCUAGCUCUGUUAGUGUUAGCCACACUUGGUCAUGCCAGCUUUUUUUAAUUUUUUUAUUUCAUACCUCAUGUUAUGGACGAUUUGGAUUCCUACCAUGUCUUCAGGCUCACUGUGAUGGAUUAAAAAACAAUUUCAGCUAGAUAGAAGGACUUAUGAAUGAAAAAUGGCAUCCCCUUUUCUCUAGAGACACCUGCUAACAGAUUAAAGAUUGGUUUUAAGAUUGUUUUCAUAUUUUAAGACCAUUUUUCUCCCUUGUGUGAUCAGGAUCCAGCCUGUCGGCCUGGUGGAGCGGAUUCAAGCAAUAGCCCAGAACAUGUCUGACAUGGCGGUGAGGGUGGAGCAGAUCCUACAGCGCAGUAUGGCCAAAAACAGAGGUACAAACACACAGCGCCUGCACAUGGCCCACUCACACACGUGUGGAGGGUACCAAAUAUAGCCAGAUGAAUCCCCUGAGUCAUUUUCAAAUCCCUCCCAAUCUGAAGACACUUUUCCCUCCGUGCCUCGCUGUCAAGCUUGGAUCUGGUCUAACGCUUGAAUGCACAAUUUAUGUCCAAAGCACACUCGGUGGUUGAUCAUAUAGAACAUGACAGACAUUAUUCACAGCACAUUUCUUGCUCAAAUAGCAAGCAACUGUUGGUGUCAGGGUGGAAGAGCCGGGUUGUUGCUGCUCUGUCAAAACCACUCGAGUGCAGGAUGUUUAAAUCAUGAUGAUGAAGUGCUGCGUGGUUAAUAGGAUCCAGGCCUGUCAGCUUUCUUUAUUAGCCUUCAUUCUCAAUUUCUCUAUCGGGCAUGGAAGAGAAACCGGACAGGAUGAUUUAACGCGAUUCGGUUUGUUUCCUGUUUCCGCUACAUUGCAGAAAGAGGCCGAAAACUCUGCAGCUCUGUGUCUCAUUAACUUCUUCAAAUUAUUGCAGUAUCAUUUAAAGAGGCUGACCUGGACCUGGAUACGUUUUGACAGCAGCAGGCACUAGCACUUCUCCUGGUGAGGAGUCUGUCGUUGUCAUGCUAAUCAAACCGAGCGCCAGGCAAUUAUUGGUCUGUGAUUGUACUCUCGGAUGCUGGUGGAGGAGUUGCAACUGCUGCUUUAAUUAGGCUCGGUGAAAGUGUCGGCUUCCAGGAGAAGAGGAAGAAAGGAGGAGAGUGGAGGAAGGAGAGAAGAGAGAGGAAGUUGGCCGAGCUGCAAAAAGGAGACAGGAAAGAUGGUCAGAGAAGAAAAAAAUGAGCAUGAAAGGGAAGGAUAAUGAUUUUUAUGAAUCUCACUAAUGCAAUAUAUUUAUAGUAAAUCCAGCGAGUGGGCUGUAAAAGACAGUUUGCCAAUCAGCAGGGGAGGCUGAGCUUUUACAGGAGCUUGUAAGCUUGCAAUACUCUCUAAUUAAUCUCCUUUUGUCCCACAGGCAUGAGGAUAUGCUCUGUAAUGUAAAAGACAAACACUCUUAAUGCAGAGGUAAACACAGUAAUGGCCUUCUUUUAUUUAUGACCAAUCGGGAGUAAGUGAUUAAUGUUAGAGCGAGAUUAUUAGUGCAUGCAUUUUUUAUGUAAUCAGCAGUUUAACAAGCCAGUGCAACAUUAACAAUUUGAAAAUGAUACAUAACCAAUGUUUCGUCUUUAAGCACUGAACAUUUAGUAUGUUAACAUGAUGUACAAAAAUCUAUUUGCUGAAUUAAUCUGACGCUAACUGGAGUUUUGAAACACAUGUUGGUCUGACUGUAAGUCAGAUUUCUCAGAGACCUAACAACAUUCUUAAAUAAUGCAGUUUGGGAUUGAUUCUUUCUCGCAUGUACACACUUCAACUAGACCCAAACUGGCCUCGGCGAAGGUUUCAUGGUUCAUUUGUCAGGCUUUGACCCAGAAGUCAAAUAGCAUUAACAUGUCAAAGGAGGCAGCAUAGGAAACACAACCUCAAAGGGAAGGGUCGUUUUUUCACAAUCAACCAGAUGGUCUUUUGCUAACUUGAUUGCCGAUUGUUUUGGUAUGUGAUCCAAUAUGUCAGCCAAGAAACUGUCCAGUAUCAACUAGCUGGAAGAAGGCCUUUUACCAGUCAGGUGGACGGAUUUGCUAUUGGGUGGGCAUUUUUUGUCAAUAAACCAAUCUUCACUUGGUUCUCACAUACUUGGUCAAGGACAGAAAUCUAAUUAAUUCCUUGAAUAAAGCUAUAACCUUGAACAUACUGAUGUAAUUAAAGAGAACGCAGUGAGCCACUCAGAUAGUUAUAGCAAGCUUCCCAUGCAGUCUGGCAAACCAGCAAUUGGAGGUCAGUGAUUUCCAACAAGAUCUUUUUUUUUAAAACUUCAUUGUUUUUGGUCUGAUUACAACUUCUGUGCUCAUAUGAAAGCUGAAGUGAAAUUUGCCCCUCCUGAUAUGUCUGCAAAAUCAUCACAGUUAUGUCUAGGUUUACUACUGAAUAUAUCUGGUGAGUCUUUGCUUCACUGUUAACUUGGGGUUCAUUCUGGCUUCUUUUAACAGCAUGAAAAACAAAAUAGAUCAACACAAACAUCAAAACUUAUCCAUCUUCAGAUCUUGCAUUUUCACCACAGAUUCAUAACCUGAAGCAUUUUUAAACGACACAUGCUGGUAAAUAUACAGAAAGCUAUUAAAUGAACCACAUGAGCUUGUUUUUUUUUCAUAGCGCUUCGUGUGUUUCUCAUUUUGUCGAUGAACUGGCUGAAAAAAGCAAUACCUCUUAGCUUUUGUCCUGAUUGAUGUCUGUAUCUGUUGAGUGUGGUCUUUCUGUUGAAGGGUGUUUACAGGCUUUGAUAAACACUCUGCAUUUCUCUUCUCUCCAGUCAGAGAUGGCAGCUUAGGACAAUGUGAUACUCCUAAAGACCCCGGUUAUCCAGACUGCGCCAGCAAGAUGGAUGUAAGUCUUCAUAUCUGCCUUCAAUCCAAACAAUCUUACACUCAGAGAAAAACCUGGUUUGCUCACCUCUGUGUAUUAUGAGUUUGGUCAAACAAGAUAAGGGCUCCUUGUAGAGAAAAGAGGUUCCUGAGGAAUAAAUUGUUCUGGUUCGGAAAAAAAAAAAAAGCUUUUUGAAAAGACAGGAGAUUUUUAAAUCCCAGUUUUUACAUAGCAAAUAUUUCUGUAUGUACAAUAAAAAGUUGCGAAGUUGUCCUAUGCUUCUGUAAGAUUUAGCCCUUGAGAAAGAGUUCAUUUAAACAUUUGUGUUUUGAAUAUUUAUUAUAAUUACAGUAAGUUUCCUUGAGUUAUAAAGCCAAUAAUGGUGUUAAAAUAUGACUGAUAUCAGGAAUAACACAUCUUCUAAUUAUGACGAAGAAUAAAUAAUAGUGUCACUUUUUUCUGUUCAGACUUCAGGCUGUUAAGUUGGAUUUAAAACAUGAGCAUGAUUAAGAAUGACAGCAAAGCGCUCACAGGCUGUUCUGCACUCAUCAUCUUUAGUCAGUUUCAAAAUGACAGGAUGGCACAGAGGAUGAGUCUGAAUCUCACCUCUGAUAGAGCCUCUCGACAACUUGAGUCAAAUGUAAGCUCAAAAGGGCUCAAAGCAGGUGAUGCGCUGAUACUAUACCUGACAUUUUUAAACAUUUGUCCCCCAGUGGAUGCGGGCUCGUUGGACGUCAGACCCCUGCUAUGCCUUUUAUGGUGUGGACGGCUCGGACUGCUCCUUCCUGGUCUACCUGAGUGAAGUGGAGUGGUUCUGUCCCCCUUUGGCCUGGAGGAACCAGACUGCUACACCCACACUGAAGCCUCCACCAAAGAAACAGGUAGAAAAGAAAACUGAAAUAAGGUUUGUCUCUUGGCUCCUAGUGGGUUUCAAUAUUAAAGAGACACAAAAUCAGAAAGAAAAAAUGUUGAAAACUCAGAUUCCAUUUUUUUAUUCAAUUUGUAGAACCAAGUUAGAGUUCCUCCAAGGAGGCUCUAGUCCACUGAAAUAGAGUUUUUAGUUAUAGUUUCCACCACUUGCAGUUAUAUGAUCUAAAGGUUGCUGGUGAGUAGCUCCCAUCUCUGUGUUUAGUUUUAUUCAGAAGUUGCUUUUAGUAUCCACAAAAUCCUAAAAAAAAGGGGGGCAGGAGGAUUUAUCAGUUUUCCAACCAACACAUUAGCUACAUUGCCAACUUUUAUCACAAUACAAUUAAAAACAAUCAUCUGUUAAACAACGUUCAUUUUCUUUAUGACCAAACCUUGCAUUUGCAAAUAGUAAAACAGCUCAAGAAGUAAAACUAACUUUUAUAAUUCUCAAGAAAUAAUCUACCAAGAGUCAAACAAACUCAUUAAUUCCCUGAUGGGAACAACAGGCUCAAAAUGAUAGUUUUUUCUAUGGGAUUUGGCUUCACAUUGUUAGAAUAAGUUACAACGUCAUUUAGCAGACACUUUUAUCUAAAGUGACGUACUUAUGAAUCAUACAUCAGCGAAGGUCACACACUGGGAGCAAGGUAGGUUAGGUGUCUUGCCCAAGGACACAACAAACAGACUAGAGAUAGGGGGGACUAUCUCUGUUUGAGUGGAACGGAAAAUUAAAAUAUGCCAGAACUACUUUCCACGGAUUGACUUGGCAUGAUACGUGUGAUUUGCCUGUCUCUUGUGUUCGUCUUGUUGUUCGGAGUGAAAUUUGGUCGUAGGGUUUAGACCAAUCACAAUUAGGUAUUUAACACAGUGCUGAACAUUGUUUUUGGGUCAGCAUAUGCUUCCAUCCAGGCAAUGUCAUUUCAAGGAAGACCCCGAAUGUAGUCAGAGCAUUUGUAACAGGAGAAAUGAUGCAACACAAGAGUAAAACUGCCUCAACAGUUUUGAAAGAUGUUGCUGGCAUCAAAACUAGAGUGAGUUCAUCUUUUUUCUAAAAUAACAAAAACAUGAAUUUCAGUAUUUCAUAUGUUUUCUUUUCACAAUUUAUGAUUAUUUAUAAUGUCUAAAUGAUUAACCAUCCCAGCGUCUUUUUGAAGUGGGGUUGUACUUUAUAUAUAGAGUCUGUCAUGCUCAACAAAAGUUUUGACCUUGACACUAAAUGACAUCUGGUGAAAGUUUGAACUUGAUUGACGUUGACAAGAAAAAUGAAGAGCGCUUAAUGACAGAAACAUCAAAGUUCUUUUUGUGACGUGGUAGCUUAGCACCAGGGCCUCAGAUUGCUUUAAGUCGAACACUUAUUACUUCAUUGUUUGAUCAAUCAUUCUCUGGAGACUCUAAAUAUCCAACUGUACUGUAUCUGUCUUAUAUCUGUCGACUUUAUUUAAGUUCUACUUUCAGCACCAGUGCAUGUUAGUCCCAAACCCUCCUCCAUUUCUAUCCUCUUGUUUGCCUCCUCCUCCCCUUUUUUCCCCAGAGUAAUGUUCAGCCUGCACAGCGGGCCCUGAUGUGAAUUCAUUCUGCAGCUCUACCCUCUGCUCUAAUUGCACGCCUGCAUUCACUGAGCCUAAUCCCCAGGCUUCCCCAGGGUGCUCUGUGUUUUGCUGUGCCAUACAGGAGUCGCAAUAAUUCACCUGCAUUGGGAGAACACUGUACUGCUCUGCAUAUUGAUUUUGUCUUGGAGAGGAUCAGUAAGAGUCUCAGUUACUUUUACAGUGGAGGUGUGUUUGAGAAGGACAGACAGUUUGUGAGCGUCAGUUUCUUUUCUGUAUUUUUAUAAGUCCUCUGUGCCCCUUCAGUGCAGUUACUUCAUUGAUUAAUAUUCUCGAGCUGGUAUUUGUGCUGUGAAGCAGGGAUAAUAGCUCACAGAGGAGGAGAUAUAAAAAGGGAGAAGACUGUUUAUGAGGGGAAACCAGGAAUCCCUCAUUCACCCUGUUUGAAAGCUGUAGCCCCAUGGCACUUGGAGAUAACAGGAUGUGAGAUGCUCUCUGCGCUACGGGAUAAUGUACAGUGAGCCGGUUCUUAAAGCAGACUGGAUCCUCACAGGUGAUGCAGGGCCACAACUGGAAAAAAAAGAUCCUCAAGACUUGGUCACUGUUUACUAUAGCUACUUGUUCAUUGCGUAAUAUCACAGUGAUUUAGCAUAAAAGAUAUUAAACUGUGAUUGAUUCUAAUGAUUUGAAGUUGAUUUUAUUCCUUUAACUUUACAAAGUAAGUAAUUCCUUUUGGUUUGAAGCUGCUAUGAAGAGCAGACUGUGAUCCUGUGAGGUUAUGAAUCAGGCUGAAAUAAUAUUGAACCCCCCAUAUGACCUGCCAAAGAGGACCAGAUAAUGUUGCCAGAUUGGGAAGUUUUUCCACUCUAAUAUCGGGCAGUUUUGGAUUGAAUUGGACUUGGGCAGACUGACAUCAGGGCUGAAUGAUUCCAUGAAUGACUCAAGAAACUCCAUCAUAAUUAUUACGCUCUGGCAGACUGUUAAUUCUCCUCCUGUCCUGCUAGCAUCAGAAUUAUGUCUUUACUGCCUUUGAAUCUCAAAAUACUGUCUGUAUGAGAUGAGAUAUCAAUUAAUAAGGUAAUUAUGAGGGUCCAAGAACCCAAUGGUGUGAGAGACCAAAAAGAACGAGUUCUUCUUCUUAUUAUUUUAUUCCUCUUUCUUUUUUAACUUCCUUCCUUUCUCACUGUCCUUUCCUCCUUCCUUUCCUAUCCUCUGCCUUUCUCUCCUUUUUCCCAGCUUUAAAAUGUCUUUUUAAAGUUUCUGUCUCUGUUUUCCAGGCUGUUUUGCAGUCGGACGUCGGGCCUCUAUUGGAGCAAAUCGGCACUGGGAAGGAGUCAUUAAGCUUCAUGAAGAGACGCAUCCGCAGACUGGCUGCGCAGUGGGCCUCCGCCGCUCGCCGGCUGGAUGACAAGCUCCGAAAUCGCUGGAGAGAGCAGAAAAGGGUGAGGCGGCGUUGUUCACACAUGCAUACAUCUGCUCCUGCGCACACCAGAGGAUGAAAGUGAAGGACAAGAGUCUGUGAUGCGGUUUCAUCUUCUCAAAGUGUUGAAGUUGUUGCAACAUGAUGAGCCAGCAGAAGAGGUUGUUGCAGUUCAACAGAGUCUCUUUGUUGUUGUUUUUUUCCUCGUUUUUCAGCUUUUAAUUUGAUGUAAAUCCAUCUGUUCAGGCGGUAAAGAAAGAGACACUCUUUCUGCUAGAUGUUUUGGAUCAAACUGUUCUGAAAAAGACGGACUUCCCUUAAACGCCUCCAUGCUAGGCUGCUUAGUUCCCAGCUGUGACAUUUUGUUUGACUAAGGUUUUUUUCUUUCAUCUGCUGCUCCUUGUCGUGGAUCUCACACUGUUGAGUUGCAUGCUGUGGAGAUAAUGAUGGGGAGUAGCUGCAGCAGGCAUCGAUUGGCUUUGGUGCACUUUCACUGCUGACAUUUACAGGGACAUUUCCUCAAAGUGUCAAAGAGCAAUGCAAGCCCGCGCAGACUAAGGAGACACAAUAACAUUAAACUUCUUCUGGUGUGUAUUCUAGACCUUUUAAAGCUACAGUAGCUCAUUUAAAGCAGACAGUCUCCCACUCAGGAUAGUAGAGACUCAUCACUCCAAACACCACGCUUACAUCCUUUGAUUUCAGAGUUAUUUUUUGCCCUUUUGAUGCUAUUUUGAUGAGGACACAGCUUUGUUUAGUGUUGUUCUGUUGGCUGCCAGCAGUCGUCUUUUUUUAACCACAGGCUGUUUGAAAGGAAAAUAGUGUGUGUGGGUGUGGUGGGAAUCUAUUAAUGGCUUAUAUGGAAAACAAACACCCAAGAUACAAAUAUAUAAAAGGUGAUUUUAAAAAAAGAAACACGAAGACAAUGUGAAAGAGCUCAGAUGUGACAAAGAGCAGAAUUCUAGGUAAGCAAAUAUAGUGUACAGUAUGUAAAAGGAAGAGACAAGAGAUAUUUCCUUACUAAGAUAAAGGGAUCAGAAUUGAUUGGAUGUUAUUGAUACAGGUGCCAUUGUUAAUCCUACUUAUUGAUUCCAUUUUAUAUUGUUUCCUCAUCAAUUCUUGGGUUUUAAAAUAAUCACCCUAAACAGGUUUUCUGCAUGUCUCAACAACACAAAUUCAAUCAGGAGUUUUAUUACAGUCACUGCUUUACUGAGACAGUGAACUGUAGCUGCUGAUUGAGUCUGAUUUCAAGCUCAGCUGAUCAUAGAGACAGCUUCUACUGAGACCAGGGUUCACAAGAUGGCAUAUUACUAAAGUUUACACCAUCAUGUCAUUGAUUUUGAAGUGAAAGGCAUCAUUAUGGGAACUACAAAGCCCUGAAAGCAUUUUUUUUUUUUUACCUUUAUUUAACCAGGUAAGAACCCGUUGAGAUUGAAAUCUCAUUUAUAAAAGUGACCUGGUCAAGAGGUUGGCAGCACUCAUCACAAUAAUGAAUAAUAAUAAAAAAUAAGAAGAAAAUGACCUCCAGAAACAUGAUUAAAAACACAGACACUGUUCCAUGGUCUCCCAAAGUCAGUCAUGUAAGAUUGAACAAAAUGCUUCCAGCGAAAUUAAUUCCGACAAUUUCAGGUCAGUCUGAAGAGUAUUUCAUGCGGAAGUGGCAGCAAAACUGAACGCUUUUUCGCCCAGUUCAGUUCUGAUUCGCAGAACAAUCAAAUGGACAGUGUUGAUUGAGCGCAGGGUGUAGUGGCUUUCCAUCCUUUUGAAGAAGACCACAUUAAUAAGAAGGAGCUAGGCCAAGAAGAACCUUAUAAAUUAGAGUCAUCCAGUGAGUGUACUUGCGAGUACUCCGAGAAGGCCAGCCAGACUUGGCAUAAAGUUCCCAGUGAUGUGUUAGGUGACUACAACCAGUAACAAAUCUCAGCGCACAGUGAUAGAAAGUAGUUAAGGACUGCAGGCAUUUGGCUGAAGCAAUCAUAUACAGUAUAAAACAUCACCAUAAUCUAACAGUGGAAGAAAGGUAGCACUAUGAUGAUGUCUAUGGCUCAAAAUAGGACACACAAAGAAGAGGAAGCCCAGCUGAUAGUUUUGUACACUGUCGGUGAGAGGCAGAGGAGUGUGUAUGUGUAUGCGCUGAGAGAUUUCUGUAAUUUGAGCAUAUACAUACAUCAACAUGGGUGUUUGGUAGGGAGAGGUGAUACCAGACUUUAGAUAUGAUGCCUUUUAAUGCAGUUUGGCCAAUACUAAUGCUUCGUAAGUGUGAUAAAACAUUAAAAAGGAUCACCAAAACAAAAACAAACUUCACUGCCUCCCUUAAACCUUUUCUGCAUUGAGGUCACUUAUGUCUGUCCUCAACCUUUAUACAAAUUUCAGGAUGAGUUCUUUUCAAUAUUUAAACAAGUAAUAAAUAUUGGGGCUUGUCACAAAUUGAGCACUCAGCAUUAUUUUUGUUUACAUUUGACAACGGCUCAGCAUUAUGCAGCACUUAAACUCUGCUGCAUUGCCAAGAAUUAAUUAGUUCUGAAGGGAAAGGGUUGUGUAGGUGUUUGUCUACACAGAGGGCACUUGUUCCUAAUGUCUGAUCGGUCGCCAGUCAGGUGAUGUGGGUGAGGAGGUUAACAGAGCUUGCUCAAUGAAGUACCAGCUGAAAAAAUGAGACAUGCCAUAGACAUUUGGAUGAACUCCACAUUUAGCAUUGAUAUUUUUAAAAAAAUGCGUGGACAAGUGUAUAUUUAGUUUCUUUAAAUGGGAGAACAAAUGAAGAUAAAAAUGUUGGUUAUAGACCGUUGAGGGUGACCAUAUUCUGAAUCCUCAAAAAGAGGACACGACAAUGCAGGGCCAAGUAAAUUUUGAGGGUUUUUCGUGUUGGGUUGAGUGUUUUCUACGCGCUUUUAACUCAGUCAGUCCACACAACACAAACUCAAAACUUCCAAACAAAACCCGGACAUUUGAAGGAUUUUAUGAACUCCCCUCUGGACAAGGCUGGACAGCCCCCAAAAGAGAGGACAUGUUUGGGUAAAAGAGGACGUAUGGUCACAACUAAGACUGUUGGACUUUUACACUUCCCAGUAUUUCCCCACGGUGUGUCUGAUCUGUCAACAUACAAGCAAUGCAGCCCUGUAACAGGCUGAGUAAGUUGAGGGUCUUAGUGAUGAUGUUGUCACUUACUUACAAUGAAUUACAAGUACAAUUUCUCACUGACUCUGUGCAGCUCCGUCAUUGUCACUGAUUAAUUUUUCAUGAAGCAUGUCUCUGACAAAACCACAACAAGCGAGUAGCUGAUGUUGGCUUGAAAGCGUCUUCUGUUUUUUUUAGUGCAUCUGUUCGCUGUAAUGGCUCCACAUCAAAGCCUUGAUUUACCCUGGUCCAGGAAUAUGUUAGAGAUCAUAUUUAGCAUGAUGUUUCACACGUUUGAUCAAAGAGAGGCUUUUAUGGGGAACAUAAUCCUAGGAGAUUGGUAGCACUAUCUUGUCAAUCAAAUCUUCUCGCCCCUUCACCUGACUGAGGCUGAUAGCAAUGAGCUCAAAGCUCUAAACCCUUAAAUCAAACAUGACAAAUAAAAAUAAAUGCACUGGUAGAGUUUUAUUCUUGUAAAUGAGCUGACAGCAUCCUGGCGUUCUGCCAUGUGUUUCUGUGUGUGAGAGGUUUGAUCAGUUUCCUCCAGCUGGAUAAAUCAAAUCUCAGAGCCUGUUCUGUAAAUAACAUUACACUCAGCUUAAAUGCCUUCUUCUUUCCCACUGGAGAGAGGGCUGUGUUUAUUGUAAUGGUGAGUUUGACUCUAACACAGAGUGUCCAUUAAGCCGACCCUAAAGGCUAGGCUUCAAUCUCUGACACACUGAAUGCAAGAGGGAGAACAGAAAUAUAAAUCUGAAGAGAGGAGAGCGGUUCAUGUUGAGUCUUUGUCCAGUUUGUUUUUGUUUUUCUACUCCAUGUUCUUUCUGCUGUUUCCUGUGUGUGCUCUGCCUUUUAGAGUUUUCCCUAACAAGAUUUUUGAGUCAUAGACAGACAGUUUCCAUCUGUUUGUUCUUCAACCUGGAGCAAAAUAUGAGAGAGUGAUGACUCAUUUUGUAUCAAGGAUGAUUACGAGGGAUACCGGAUUCAUUCACUUCCAUCUCCCGCCUGCAUCAACCUAUGCUGCUCUGUGGAAACUCUGUGUUCUUCUUAGAGAAUGAAAUCAGGACCAAAAAGGAAAUAAUGUUGUGUUCUUCAAUUUUACAUUCUUGGCCGUGUCAGUGUCAUUCAAUUUUUUCAUGAUAAAACAAAAAGCCUUCGUUUCUUAAUGAAAAGGAUACACAGUUGGCAAAGAAGCACACCCUGUUACGCCCUCUUCCCAAUAUUCAUGCUCUACUGAUAAUCAACCAUAUGGCGUCUAAUGUUUCCUUCAACCCAAACAUGCAGAUGGAUGAGAAUACAGAGUCAGAGAGAGGUUAUCAAGAGGGUACCCCUUCAAACAUAAACCCAAGAAUCAGAAACUAAUCCAAAGACAGCCAAAAGAUGAUUUAAACCACAAGAAAACAUACCAACUUAAACAAAGUAUGGUUCUUAGAAUAAAGGAAACAAAGAAAACUAGGGCUGAGUGAGCCAAAAAGAACAAAAGGAAGUCAUUUCAGCUGACCCCCAAAGGGCGGUCAGAUCAAGCACUGACCCUCCACCUUAAUCCAAACAUGAAAAAAGCAGCGAAGAAACAGAACGAGAAAGCACGAGUGAGCAUGUGAACAGGUGUACACGAGGCCAGAGAGAAGAGAAGGAGAAAAACAACAAGGGUGGUUAUAGAGAGAUAUUAGAAAGGAGAUUAAGGGCAUGAAGUCUGUUUUGGGCAAAAGUUAACAGCCAGGGAAGGCUGAUCUAUUACCAUAUUUUAGGCAUUCCUGAACCUACUCUUUUUUGCCAGCUUGAUCUAACCCCAGCUGGGUAGGCUGCAUGCUCUACAUUCCUCUAUUUCUCCAUUUUCAUGAGGUCAGAAGGAAGAGAAAAAGGAAACACAAAGAAUGGAGUCUGUAGAGAGAUGUAAGAAGGAAAAUAGGAGAGGCAAAGUAGAAAUGAAAAGCCCACUCUCAAUUUUUCAUCAUAAAAGAGAGGAAAAAGAAUGAAAAACAAAGGAAAGAGUCUCCAUCAGGAAGGCACAACAACAAGCAGUAGAGUCCUUGAACUACUCCCUGUCUGCUAGAUUUCAACCCCUACAAAAAACACAUCCAAAAAGAACAGAAACAAGAAAAACACAAAGAAGGUUUGGGUAAUGUUGGGUAAGAGACAGGGCAGGCAGAGUCGGGGCAAGAAGCUUGUUUGGGCUUAGACCAACCACUGCUAGGUUAGACUGUAUGCUCUACCUCCGCAUCCUCCUCUAUUUUUGUGAGGUCAGAGGGAAAAAAAAGAAGAGAUGUGAGGAGCGGUUUUAGCAAAAAGACAGGGAAGGCUAAAGUUCACCUCCCCCUUUGUCUGUAUGGAAUCAAUCAAUCAAGCUGACAGUAACUGCAAAAACAAUAUCUGUAGAGUGAGACUGCGUUGCCGCAGAAAAGACUGGGCAGAUGAAAUGUACACAUGCCACAACUUAAGAGCCGUUUUUGUGAAAUGGCUACAUUUUGCAGAGUGGACCAACGAAGGUAUUUCACGUUUUUGAGGGAGAGUGCGUUGCUGUAGACUGCCAAAAGAGCAUUUUCUUUACCUCAAUAUCUAAACAGCAGAGGUAACACCAAUAACAACUCGAUCAUACACGUAACUCCUAUUAAAUCCAUCAUAUCAGUAAACAGUAUGAAGGGUAUUCUUUACAGUUCUCUGAUUUACUUUUGAAGAGUACGAAACUUACCAUUGGUUGUAAAUGACUGACCAUUAAUCAGGAGUGGAGAGAUGGUUAGAAACACCAAGCCUGUAAAACACAAAGAGCUCAGUGAAAGAGACAUCAACCAAACUGAAGAAAAAAAAAAAAGCAAUCACAAACAGAGUUUCACAUUCAUGCAGUCAGCAGACUCCGUUUGUCUUGUUUUGAAAGAGACUAGUAUGAAUAUCAGAAAUGAGAGAUGGUAUGAAGCCAUUUCAAUUAUAACCAUCAGAUUGAAGUCUUAAAACCCGCUGGUUUGAAAACAAACGAAGCUCAGACAGAUGCGCAGCCAGUGAAACAUGAAAAGAGGAGAAAACAACUUUCAAAACAUAAUUAGUGUCUUUUAAAAUGGUACCUUGUUGUUUUGAAAUGAAAAAUUGAUUUUUGAAGAAAGUUUAGGAGAAAUUGGGCAUCGUUUCUGUUUUUAUAUUGGAUUCAAAAUCCCAGUAGACAUGCAAUUUGGUGUGUCUGGAGUAAUAAAUGUUUAAAGGAUCACGUUGAUAUCUAUAGUUAGAGAAAAUCGGCUGCUGAAUCACUGCUACACCCCUAAACAAAUUAAAGUUCAGUCCUGCUGAUGAACUAAGCUCUCUGCAAGUUUUUUAAAGACACAAAAUAAUUGGGAAAGAGAUUAAAUGCUGCCAUCUGUUGAAAAAUCUAAUUUCAUUACAUAUUUAACAGCCCGGGAAAUCUAUUCUUCCUCAUCAGCAAUUAAAGGACUCCUUUAUCGCUCUGCAUAUCAAUCAGCCGUCAGCGGAUCAAUUUUCAUUCCUACUCCAGGCUUGGUUGAUUGUAUUUCUUGCUAGUCAGGUUGGUGUGAAUAUGCUGUCACUCUGCUUUUCUCCCUUUUAUUUGGUGCAAAUUACAUUUAAAUUUGACAUCAAUGACCCAUACCAGAUGUGUGUAGAUAUUCACAUGUGAAUCCUGUGAAGAGAUAAUGAAAUUUGCUUUGAAAAAUCUUUAUAUUUGACAUGCAGCUCUGGAGAUUGUCUGAAUAUAAAUUUCCAAAACUACUGGGAAUAACGACUCUUUCACUACAAAAACAGUGCAGAGCUUUCACAGAAAAAAAUCCCUAUGUGCUCAACUUUUCUCAUGCUUUGACUUUCCUUCUUCAGAUUCUGGUUCAUGUGGGCUUCCUCACAGAGGAGUCUGGGGAUGUGUUCAGUCCAAAGGUGCUGAAGGGCGGUCCUCUGGGUGAGAUGGUGCAAUGGGCCGACAUCCUCACUGCCCUCCAUGUUCUCGGACACGACCUGAAGGUCUCUGUUUCUCUCAAAGAGUUGCACGGGUAAGUUUAGAUCUGACUUCUCUCUCUCCCAUCCUGUUAUUUUCAUCCUGCAGCAGACAAACUGCAGUCACUGUACGUAACUCAACUUUGUGUGCUGUUAUUGAUCUCAUACAGUUUUACUGUGGUUCGCAGCCAUCUUGAGAGUAGGUGUGCAACAUAAAGUAAAAUUGAUUUUCCCUCCUGGUCCUCCAAACAAGUCAAAACUUAGAUUUUUGCUGAUUGAAAACCUUUCAUUACAAUGAUGGACGCACAAUCAUGUCUAAAUGAAGCAAUAAUAGCCCCGGGUGAACAUUGGCCACCGCAACAGACAAAACAAACUUUUUAAUUUAACAAUCUUACUCACACUGGAUAAAAGGAAUUACACUAAGCAACAUUCACUUAACUCUACUCCCUAACUGAACAAAAACAGGCAAACAAAAACAAGACAGAUCACCCUUGUUGAUUGUUAAACUGAGGAAUUAUCCAUAUUCAAAAUACUCUUAAUUUUGGUGGGAAAUGAUAUGAUACAGCAUGAUGCAACACUAUACACUAUGAUGAAAUGCAUAGGAAUACUGUGCAGUAUAUUGCUAAAUUAUAUAUUAAGAUACUAUACAAUUUAACAUGACACAAAAGCAAGCUAGCUGAUGUAAGCUACAUCUCCUGGAAUAGCAGGAUAACUCCAGAUGUUAUAUGAUCCAGUUCAACACAACAUACCAUUUUAUCCAAUAUGAUACAAUAGGGAAUAACAUUAUACAAUACAGUAUGAUAUGAUUCAAUACAAUAUGAUAUGAUCAGGAAAGGUACAAUUCAUUUGACUGCGAUACAAAUAUAGUUCAAUAUAAUACUAUGUGAUAGAUUACGUUAACAGUAUGAUGAGAUAAUCUAUUUGGUAAACAUUCAACAUGCUGGGAUACAGUAUGAUGUAAUACUAUACAAUAGUUUAUGAUACAAGAUAUAAAGAUAAAGUACCAUACAAAACAAUACAGCAUGAUACCACACAAUAUGCUAGGACAGGAUAAGGCAUGAUACAGUACGACAUGAUAGAAUAUGACAUGAUACAGUAUGACAUUAUACGAUUCUGCAUGUUAUGAUCCAACAUAUAACCAUAUGAUAAGGACGAUAUGCUAUGUUACAGUGUGAUGUGAUACGUUGCGAUCAUAGACUGUAUAUAGAAUGGACAGCAUCUGCCUCCUCACUGGGUGAAGUGAGAAAACGGCACCCUCUGUAAGACUGGUUUGUGUUCAAGUCCUCUUUUUUCUGUGCAGCUCCAUUUUUAAAAGUUAUUAGGGGUUCAUGUUUUCUAUGAUUGACACUUGAUACAGCCUAUGGGCGUACGACAAUUGUGUAGCUCACCUGGGGGAUACGCUGUUUUAGCCUAGCGUCAUCACAAGACUCUCGGCGACUCUCCCGCCGAAUGCAUACAACGCUACUGCGCAAUGUCGGUUUCAGGAAGUGGAGAAAAAACGCAGAAAUACCUAGAGCUUUUGGGCUUUAAAUCUAUAUACUGGCGGAAGGCGGAACCAAGUUGUCUAUCAUAUAUACAGUCUGUGGUUGCGAUAAAGUACGAUAAGUUCUGAUACGAAACCCUCAUUUUCAGUAUAACACUGCCUUAUUUUGUCUGAUUAUCUGUUUCAGCCGUCUUUAAUUUAUACCUAAAAAAACCUUUAAAAGGGUUGAUAUGGCAACACUAAUCGUUGCCUUUUCUCUUGCUUUGAUUUAUAAUACACAUUUACCAGCACCACUGUUUACCUGAUUUCAGUCUUGCCCUUCUGCUCUAAUGCGGUCAGUGCAGGUGGUAGCUGCUCACUCUGCUGUGUUGGAGGAAAAAGAAAUAUGUUGCUUUUUAGGGAGGGUCAUGAACAAUGGUCUUAGACUGGUGCACCAUUCUUUCCACUACGCUGUUCUGCAUUUUAACCACACCGGAUGCUUACCUUUGCUGAUUUCGGUCAUGUCAGAGCUUUAUAUUUGGAUGAGACUUCCUAAAGUCCUCGCCAUGUGUUUUGCAAGUCAUCAGCACUCUCCUUGCUGUUUUUUGAUCACCUUUUAAGCGCACACUGAUAGGCUAUCUCUCCUCCCUGCAGAGUGUUGUUUCAGCCUGAAGGCUCGACAUCGUCUCCACAGUUUGUGUUGUCUCCUUCCUGCUGCAGCUCACUGACUCUGGAGUGAUAACAGGCUUGUCGCUUGUCAUCACAAACAGAAGUGCCAGUGGACACACGCACAUAGACAUAUGUACACACUGUGCCUUCCAGUCAGAAGGAGCAGAUGGUUUCAUCUAAAAAUAUAAGACUAUUGAUUUUCACACCUGUGAGGUGCAGAGAGAAGAGAUCAGACAGACAGCUGCUCCAGGUUCGCACUGGACUUUAUCAGAACUGCUCCUGGCUUCACACUGGCUGGUCAGGGAAAAUGAUCAUGUACAAGACCAGAUUUGCUGUCGAUUUUUUUUUUCUUUCUGCCUGUGGGUGAUGUGAAGCAGACACGCUGAUGGUAAUGUUCGCCUCAUAUUGAGCGCUGGAUCCUCUGCUGUAGGGAAGAGGUGAGAGCAUUGAUGAGUUAGAGCUGCCCUUUGAUCUUAAAUUUCAGGCUGUGGAGAAAAGCUGCUUUGAUAAAAACAGUCUGCAGAGAUCAGCGAGGUGGGGAACACGUACCAGACGAAAUGCUUCUGCUGGCUCGGCUAUUAUUUAGCCUUCUAAUUGGUGUCAGCGUGUAUUGAAUCGCUGGAAGAAUAACCAGGAAUGUUCAGGAAAUUGCAGACAAAGUUCUGGCAGAGACUCACGAAGAAACAGGUGAAGGUUAGAGCUAGCAAGUUCCAGUGGCUGUUUGUGUUUAUGCCACAGCAAAGAGAGGGACAGCAGAGAUUUUUUGUAGGUAUGUACAUUAAUAGAAAUAUGCAGUGGUGUCCCAAUAGUCAGAGAUUGAAGCCACCAUUUGCGUGGACAGAUUUCUGCUAAAUUUAAGAUAAUUGGUAUUAUAUUUGUGAACGGUGUCAAUCUGAUGUAGAAAAACAGAAAAAUGGAUAAAAAGAUGGUUGUUGUUUUUACUACUACUUUCACUGUCACCCAUCUAAUCUAAGUGAAAUUUAUCAUCCAAGAGAAUCUUUCUGUUUCUGUGGCGCUUUGAUGAAAUCACAACAUUUAUCUCCUCUGCUGCUUUUUGUCUGUUUGUUUUUUGGGAGUCGGGGGUGUAUUCCAAUUUCUGGAAUAAACUAUUCAUGCACCAGCAGCCAUAAUUGUUGUUGUGUGUGUUUGUCUCAGCUGGAAGUGAAUGGCAGGGAUUUUGUAACUCUUACAAAAUCCCACAUGUAAAUAAAUGGAUUUAAUUGAUUUAUCACACUUCCAUACUACAAGCUAAUUUUCAGAUCCAUAUUUAUUUUGAAAAAUAUGAUUAAUUAUGAUUUUGUGUCAUUAUAUAUAUAUGUGGUUUGCUAUGGAAAUUGUCAGGCCAUCCUACGGGUUGUAGAUGAAAUGUAAUUUAGAUAACUAUUGAAAUGAGCUCCAGCUUUAUCAGCUGCACUAAAAAAGUGAUGGACAGUGAUGUUUCAAAAAUGAAAUAAUAUAAUGAAUAUCUCAAAAGAAGCCAAUUUGCUAAACUGACUUUUUGAUUUGGUUAUCAUAAGUUUAGUUUGAUGCUCUUAAGCUUUUUCUUCAAUAAUCUUCAGAGCAGUGCAAAACUAAUUUUGGUAUUUCUGCACUGUGGUACAACUUCUGUAAGGCUCCCUCUGAGCAUUUUUUGGUCUAAAAGAGGUCUAAUAGACGUCUAAAUGUAGACUGGACAACUGGUCUAAAAUCAGGCUAUGUUUAAAUUUAUACCAACUUUAGACUAGUCGGCUAACAGAGGUCUAACAACGCAGUGAGCAUUUUUUGCUCAACGGCUAUCAUAAUUAUUUUGGUUAAGUACUUGCAGAUGAGUUAUGCAACUAUUGCUUUUUGAAAUAAAUAGUUAUCGAAUAAUAGUGCCAUUCCGUCUAAAAAUAUACAGACUCUAGACGGUUGAAAUUAGGCUUAAAAGAAAAAAAACUAGACGUCUAUUGCUCAGUGUGCUCCUUAAAGGCCUGAGUAAUUGUUUCACUGUCCAAUCAAAAUAAUAUCCCCCUUUUCUGACAAUCAGGUCUCAAAAAUUUCAGAAAGCUAGAUUUGCAUGUCAGCAUAACACAUUUUUCUUCAGGAGGAUCACCUUCAUGUUUGUAUGUUUUUUGUAUCUUGUGGUAUCUGCUCUACUUCACGCUGCCUUUUCAGACACACUGUGUUAAAGCAGGUAAAAUACCUCAUAUAUCUCGGUCAUAUUUACUGCCCUAGAUCGACCCCCAUCCCCCACCAAAAGAAAAAACAUUUACAAUUAUUGGGACUUACAUGGAGAGCUUCUGUGUGACUUUGAUUUGUGUCUUGAAAAUUUACAGCCGAAGGAUUUAUUUUGCUUUGAUCCCUUGAAACUGCGAUAUUGUUCAGAAAAUAAUGGAGAAAGGCCUGAGAGAAAAUGUAAUGAAGAGCUGAAAUUUCACUCAUGUGGUGUUAUCGGUCUGUGACCACAUCUUCACUUUGCUUGAGGCUUCACAAAACACUCAUGAGUGUAUGUUUCAACCCUUUUCUUUUUUUUUUUUUUACAGCUUUUUGAAUUGGCAAGAUAAUAGCAGAUGCUGAACGUCUAUGAAUCCCCUCUCUGUGACUAUUAAUGAAUAGAAAAAGGGAACAUUUCUCUCCAUCCCUUACUCUUACACUCCCACACGCUGUUAAAUUGACAGAUCGUUAUGUGGGUUGUGCUCCCACAGAUUCCCUCAGGCUCGUAUCUAUUUACAUUUCCUACUCUCCACUUUCCCACCCAUGCUUUAGAGAGCAGCUUAAUAUCAGUGACGGCCUGUUGUGGCUCUUAUGUGGACAGGAUUGUAAAUCUGUUUGGAUUUUUCGCAGAUAGACAGAUUAGCCACACCAGGAGCUUAGUUACAGUCGGAGUCAAGCUGUUGGUUUGCAGCACAUAAUUGCCUCUAAUGGGCAACAUUCACGCUCUCUUGUGGCUUCAUUCAGACAUCGCUGUAGCUGGCAUCUUCCCUCUGCUGUCCUUUUCAGACAGAUUAUUUAUGCUCACACAUCCCUCCUUCAGCCUUUUUUUCUGCUGUAGAUCUGAAGCUGAUAUUUCCUGCAGAUGCUCUGCUGGGGUUUUAUCUCCGAACAAAAUGUUCCAGUUUUUAUUAUUUCCACAAUCGCGAAAUGUUUUCAAGGAAUUCAUUGAUCUGUUAGAGUGAAUUUGCAAAUACAGCAGCCUUCGUUUUAAAAAAUUGCAGGUAUUUGCUUAUUAAAUUAAUCUGUUUCUCCCUGAACUGUGAUGGCCAUUUAAAAACUACUUUAUUUCUUUCCUAAAAUUAAGUUUUCAAGUUGUUAAGAAAAGAGACAAGCACUGCACACAACAGAUGGGACAGAUGGUGGUGCAGAGGAUGUUUUCACAGCGCAGUACCAGCCCUGUCUUUGUCUUUUAUUAAUACCUCUUGUUUAUCUGGUAGGAAAAGUCCUGUUGAUGAACUUCAAGUCAUGUUGACUCAGUACAGAGUGAACAAUAGACCCUGGUUAUGCCAGGCUCUUACAUUUGCUCCACAAAAGCAUUAAGAUGACGCCUCUUCAAUUUUAAAAGAAUGAGAGGAAACAAAACCAAGCUAUAACUUUUGGUAAGGAGAGGGGUUCUUUCUCCCUCAGGGCAAAAUUAUUUGAAAUUGAAGUUAAAUUGACUGGAUCAUAACAUUUGUGUUUUUUGUGUUUCAAUUAGGGAUGGGAACUGAUAAGAUUUUAUCGAUAUCGAUGCCAUUAUCAAUUCUGCUUAUAGAUUCAAUUCUUAAGCGAUUCCCUUACCAAUGCCUUUCUUUGAUUGAAGAAAAAAGUAAACUGUUGGCUUUCACCGUUAACUCAAAUUUUUAUUGAGCCUCUGAUAACAGAAAAAGAUGUAUGCCACCUUCAGUGAGAGUCCAAAAAUAAUCAAAUGACAAACUAUUUGUACAGCAUUUACUUCAGUCGGUAUUAAGUCAAAUACAUAAUACAUUGCAUUGUGCUUAUGUUCACACAGGACAUACGUAUGCCGUACUAAGACAGAGCAGCAGCGGCUGACGACUGGUGGAGAGCAUUGAAUACAUGUGACUCCUUAUAUUUGAUGCCGUGCCCCGUUGACAUAUGUUUAAGCAUGUUGCUGGUGUUUCUACCUUUGCAUGUUAUCACCACUCGACAAACGUUGAACGUCGCGCUGUUGUCGUCUUUCUUAAUAAAAUGAAGCCACACUCUUGAUCGUUUCUGCCUACUUUUUGAACCGUACACCAUGUUUUUUUCCUCCAAGUCUCUGUUCUUGUUUGCAUAGACUGGCUCUCGUAAGACCGUAAACGAUGUCGAUGGAUUGAACCAUUUGGAACCGGUUCUCAACAAGAACCAGUUCUCGAUUCCCAUCCCUAGUUUUAAUGCUAGUAAAGUUAGUUUUUUUUUCGCACAUAAGACUCCAGAACCAAUCUCCAAUCACUGCCCUAUAGGCCAGAAUUCAAAAAAGUCCCCCAUGAACUCUGUUUCCAGAUGAUACAUCCCAGUGACUUCUAAUAAGUGGAUUUACUUCACCACUUUUUGCCAUUUUAGUUCAAAUCUUUUAUAUGAGGUCUCAGUGUCAUCUGUUCCAAUCUGGCAUUUACAUGCUACAAGCUCAAGGUGCCAGUUUGUAGACACAAAGAAAUAUCACAGUAAGCAGUUGUCUUCAGCCCUCCCGGCAGCAACCCAACAUCAACUCUAUCAACCUCAGUGUUAGACAGAGGCUGACCUCACAUAAACUCAUUUAUUUUCUUGUGAAAAAUGGUUUUUGCAGGGGAGGCUCCACUUUUGUGGCUACUGGUCCAGGCUCUUAAACUUUUAACACAGAUCCACAGAAGGAUGAAUCUUACACUUUUCAAACUCUUGAGGGAUGAGACGAAAUAGAUCACCACUUCUUUGAUUUCACAGAUUACUCUUUCUGCAUUUAUGUGCAAAAAACUACAACAUUCCUACCAAGUAUAAAAAACCCUUGUUGGUCUGCUAACCCACCAAAUCAGUUUAUUUAGCGAACAGCAUCAUCAUCUUUUGGAAAACCUCUCUGUUGAUGUUUCAGUCGUUUUGACUUUCAGUCCAGUCUUUUCUUUUUAAGUCUAAAGCAUCAGAAUCUUUUGGUAAAGCUUUUCAGAGACGCUCUAGUCUUUUCUUUGAAGCACAAAGCACCAGCGUCUUGUGAUUGAGCUUUGUUGAGACGUUUUAGUGUUUUUUCCUUUCAACUUAAAGCACAAUCAUCUUUUGGUAAAGCUUGACUGAGCUGCAAGCAUGUCUGCAGACUUUGCUUCAUUUUGAUUUAUUAUCAUAAUCUGUGAAAUUCAAAACACAUCUGCUCCCCUCUUUUGUGGCAUAUGUUUCUCUGCAGGUUUAAUUCAACAGCCGAGACAAAUCAGUGUUUAAUUUCUGAAAACAGCCAUGUGGAAAUCAAAUUCACAUUUUCAGACGGAGCCAGUUUGCAGGAUAUCAUUUAAUGCAGUUGAACCAGUGUUCACUCUUUGUGUGCCUUAGCUGAAAAAUAGUGCUAAAAGUUUUCUUGUUGUAGUGUUAAAAGACGUAUCGGCUGUGACUUGUAUCUGUCAGCACUGGCGGCACUUGUCGCAUCAUACUUAUGCAGGAGCAAGACAACUGUCACUUUUGCUCAGGGAUAUCCCCUUAUCUCCUCACAGUGCGACAUGGGUAAUUAGCUGGUGACAGACCGUGCUGUCUUUACACCUGAAGAGAUGUGGGUGGAUGGAUGGAUGGAUGGAUGGAUGGAUGGGAGGGUGGAGCGGGAAACAGGAUAGGGAAGAUAAUAAGACGGAGGGAAUAGCUGCAGCUUGUUCUGUCAGCAGAGUGCAGAAUUAAUGCAUGCUCACUGCUGCCUGGUAGGAGAUGAGAUCUGGAGAUUUUCUGCAGAAAACAGUAUUUUAGGGCUUCACUGUCCAAUUCUGUGAGAUAUAGCAGAGUCUCAAUACUUUUUCAGUCCUUUGGGGGACAUUUAAGACAGUUAACUUUCUGGUGUGAGUUAAAAUUUGCCUUUUGUCCUUUUUCAAAUGUAGUCAUUUAAUUAAGAUCAGGGGACCAAAAUUGCAUCAAAAUAUUGCAGUGCUCGAGGCACAACUUUCUAUCAAUCAGCAAAAAGAAAAGAAGUUGUGAUAAAUCUCAUAGGAAAGCUGGUCAUAUUUCAACUACAACAACAUGUUUGACAACCAAAAAUUCAAUAUUAUACAUCAGCUGGUAUUAGCAUAUAGACCGUAGAUAUGAAUAAUAGAUAUGACAUGCCACUUAGAGCUGCAUGCCUACAGUGAGGCUAAGCUAGUGGGGGCAUCGUUCCCAUUAAAGGCAAUGCAUGUACAAUGAAAAUAAAUCAGAACUUAAUCAUUUCUCAAACGGUUUUCAUGCGGUUUACUUUAUUGUCAAUGCCAAAACAUGUGCUACUAACACAGAGCAUUUGAUUUAGAUAGAUAGAUAGAUAGAUAGAUAGAUUGAUUGAUUGAUAGAUAGAUAGAUAGAUAGAUAGAUAGAUAGAUAGAUAGAUAGAUAGAUAGAUAGAUAGAUAGAUAGAUUGAUACGUAGAUAGAUAUGUAGAUAGAUACGUAGAUAGAUAUGUAGAUAGAUACGUAGAUAGAUAUGUAGAUAGAUACGUAGAUAGAUACAUAGAUAGAUGGAUAGAUAUGUAGACAGAUAUGUAGAUAGAUAUGUAGCUAGAUAGAUAGAUAGAUACAGAGAUACAGAGAUACAUAGAUAUGUCGAUAGAUACGGAGAUACGUAGAUAUAUAGAUAGAUAGAUACUUUUUUAAUUCUAGAGGGAAAUUCAAAAGUAAGUACAUAUACCAGGACAUAUACCAGCGCGUGUAUCUAGUCUUCUAUAUAUCUGUGAUAUAGACAAGCUGAAAUACGAAUCUUACCUUUUGGUCUGUGACAUAAUUUAUUUUGUAGGUUACUUAUUGCUAUUACACAAAAGUAGCCUAACUGAAAUGUAAUACUACUGACUGGUUAUGUUAUUUGAUAACUACAAUAUUAAGGCAACAUUACCCAGGAGAGUGGUAAAAAGUGGUCACAUUUCACAGUCAAACAAUAUAAAACUAACUGGGUGUGGUUAGUGGAUAGCUAACAUUAGCAUUCAGCCACUUAUUAUCUAAGGAGACAGAGUUAAAAUUACUAUUUGGCAUUGCUGCGUAAUGGAAAGUGUCAAUGCUCAAAAAAGAAAAUGUGGUCACAUUUUAAAUUAAACUAAAACACUAUUAGCAAAGACCAGAUGACAAUGAACAUGAGCUAAACUGAGUUUUAGAUGUUUGGUUUUGUCUCCCUCAUUAACUUGUGUGUCAUUUAAUUAGUGCUGAUGGUGCGCUCGUGCUGAUUUGAAACAGACACUCACAGUAAUGGAAAGUUCAAUCAUUCUUGUAUUAGUGCUCAUUGUGUAUACUAAUGCCCUUCUUCUUUACACUGAUAAUCUGUUGAAACUGUUGCCUGCACUUAAUUUGUCAGCAGUACUAUCAAUCAUAAUGUCACAAUCAGUCCUUUCUUUUUGGACAGUAAAUAGCCUGUAAGACAAAACGUUAUGACAAAAAACCCUGUUCCAAAAAAAAUGUUGGAUUGGUAUUUCAGAUUCAGAGUUUGCCCAUUCUCCUCACUGUUAGCAUUAUGAGGUGGGGUUUAUGGCUUAUACUGCAACCAGCCACUGGGGGAGCUCUUAGUCUUUUGGCUUAAUGUCCUAUGAAGUCUGUGGUUUUACUGCACAAAAGUAGAGUUGUAAAUUCUGAUAUAAAUUAUAAUUUUCUAGGAAAUAGCUUUAUGCAAGUUUGGAUGUAAGUUUAAGCUUUUAGCUUGUGCCAGCAAAUAUAAUCAUCAAAUAUGUUGUAUGAACUUAGAUUAAUCUUAACAAUUAUGAUUUUUUGUUGCUUUUUGACUGACAUAGAAUAAAAUAAUAAUAGUCACAUAAAAUCUACAGAACAGCCAUGUAAUAGCUUUCCAGGCUUUUGUUAGCAGUGAGUGGAGAGCUUCUAUGACAGUAGAUUGUAGUCCCAGGAUAAUUUAACCACACUACAAACCUCUACUUGUGUCAGGGCUGUGUGAUCCAUAUCUUAAAAGAUCAAUUUGAUAUAUUCAAUGACACGGAUGUGCCGAGUUUCUGUAAUAGAGCUCACAUUAAAGCUCCAACAGACAGCCUUGUUAUGUUGCCAAUCUCAGUUUGUGCUGAUGCACUCUCACCCUGCAGCCCUCUGCUUACUGUGCUUUGUUACUCGGCCCUGAGAUAAAAAGCAAAGCAGCAGCGUGGUUAAAAAUAGGCAGUAUGUGCCAACAGUGGAGAACAUCCCUGUCUCUCUUUAGUACAUCCGGGUGAAAUGGUGAUUAAUCACAAUAAAUGCUUGUGUUGUAAUCAACUUCUGAGUGAUUUCAAUUUAUUUAGGUCAUUUAAGAGCAAUUGAGGAGCCUGAAAUAAAAUAGCUGAUGAUGUUUUUAAGUAAACCUCACCCUGGGGGUUUAGAGUUUUUGCAAAAUAAAGCAGAUUAUUUUAAGGAGCAGAAAAGUAUUAUGGAGUUUUAAACAGUUUGUCAUUCUAGUUUGCUUUAAAAAAAGUGAUAUUUUUACAACAUAAUGGCAUAUUUCACUGGAAUCAGAUAAAAGUAGGUCUUCUUGUGUUGUUGACAGCUAAAGAGCUUUGAGAGUGGCAACAGGGAAGAAAAUCAGACAGGAACUGCUGAUUUUGCACUUCAGUUCUUCUUACAAAGAGAAAGACAAAGAUUUAUUUUCGAUAAAAGUUCAAAAUAAUGAGCCCUGGAUCCCUUUUUGCUCUCUUACACAGCUGUUCAUUACAAAGAAAAAGACAGCUCUAUCGUUUUUACGAGCUGUUUUAAUAGAAAUUUGCAGCCAGAAACUGCACAUCAAAGCAGCAGUGGGGCUGUAUCUGAUAGUAACAGUGCCAGCAUCAGAGUUUGUCUCCUUCUGCCAUCCUGCUGUCUCAAGUAGCUGAUUAGCAUGCCAGACAUCACUGCCUUGCUCCACAAACAGUGGCACAUCAGCUUUCCUCUCCUUUCCUGAGCUAUUCUCUUCACGCUGCGUGCCCUCCGUGCAGCCCUCGGUAAACUCCUCGCCCCCAGCUGCAGCCCCUUGUGUGUGCUGGGAAAUCUGCCCCGGCCAAUUCCCCUCACUGCUGGACAUGUGCAGUCUUCCUUUAAGAAGUAAUGCUCUGUGACUCUGGAGUCUCUUACUCUGGUUUGUUUCUUUGGUUCUCCUUCUUUCCCUCAAACCACUGAGCUGCCACGCUGCCAGCGGCCGGCUGUGAAACACAAAUUGUGCCCCAUGGUGGUUUUUAAGUUUGUCUGGAAAUUUAAGUGUUGCAGCCAGUUUUUGUCUUUAGAGUCUGUCUUUUCGGCAACCCAUACCUCGCUGUUUUCCUCUCUGUAGCCUGAGAAAUUGUUUUCUGUGUAUCUUAAAUUAGUCACAACAUUCGGUCUUACAAAGAAGUGCUGCUGCUGAUUUACAGCAUAACAGCCAUGGAAAUUUAAAGGGAUAUUUCAGUAUUUUUAAAGUGAGGUUGUAUGAGUUACAUGUUGUGAGCAAGUGUUUUAGCCACAAUGGAUGCCGGUCAGCUCCACCCCUAAAACGGGAAACCACGGGUAGAAACAGGACACUAGAAAUGCUGUCCUUUUAAGCAGACUCUGCCAUGUAAUUUAGCUAAUGUUGAGAGAUUCAGGGUGAAACAAUUAUGUCAAUUACCCAGAAAAUUUUUAGUAUUUGUCGAGGUAGUUGUUUUAGCAAAACAACAACAUAGACAAAUUUCUCUGGCCGUACAUGGAAGUGCCAGCAGGAGGUGGAAGUGAGGCAGCUCAAACUGGGAGCCAUGGCACUAAAAUGCAGACACUAAUUAUGUUUAUGCAAAUACUAAAUGGAAAUGACACAACCAGAGAAUUUUUAAAAAGCGCUCAAUUUUGUUGUUUCACCUUCUGUUUUGAUUCGUGCUUUGUUUUGAACGACCGCAAUGUUUUCUGUUAGGUGAAAAAGGUAGGAGAGUCAAAUUAAAACGACUAAAGUAGGUACCCAGGCUCCAUUUUUGUGAUCCAGAUCCUGUGGCCCAGCCUAGCGCUAAGGCCCAGUCUUUCAGCUUCUAUCGCUCUCCAUGGCAGUUUUUCUGUUGUGUAUUAUGCUAAUAAAAAAAAAGGAAACAUAAGCCGGCUCUUAGAUUGGAGCUAUGCUGAAUUUUUGUCUCUUUGAAACCUGCAGACUAAACAGCUCGAUACGCUGUAUGUGGAAAAGCAUGACUAUGUGUGUUGCAUCUGCAAAUACUGAAAUAAUGGACAAACAAGUCAAAGUUAAGUGCUGAAAAAAUUCUGAGUAGAGUGUACCUUUCCCCAAGAUGAGGCUCUGAAUCCGUCAAAUUACCUCACUUAGCGUAACCAGCAUCUCUUCAAAGUGUGAGGAAAAAACUGUAGACAAAGCUAUGAGGAGACACCACUGCACUGUGUGUAUCACUUCAUUUUAAUAAACUGGCAUUGUGAUCAGCACCGAAAUGGCUGCUAAUGCUUUGGCUAAAUCUAUUAAGUGUCUCUGACAUCACAGAGUUGGCACAUGAACAUAUUUACAGGGUAGUGCUGGUAAGAAGAGCCACAAUGAAACCACAGUGAAACGAAACACCAUCAUUAAGCAGCAGUUUGUCUCCUGUUAUUGCUCUUGAUGGUGAUGAAGUUAUAAAUCAUGUAGACUGUAUCAGUCUGAAGCCACACAUCCAUUCCUGUCAGUGGGAUAGACUCAUUGUUGGUUAGUAAUGUAAAUAAUUUAAAGGAAAAAUAAUGCCACAGCCUUUAAUCUGCUGUGAGAGAAACAAAGACUAAGAUAGUUGUUGGAGCUUGAUAGUGCUUUACUGCACAUGUCUAUGUGUGUGUUUUUGUGUGUUUGACUACAGUAUGUGUGUACUCCCAUUUCUCCUUAAUGCUCUUUAAUCCUUUUACUCUUCCCUUAAAGUUUCCCAGGAUUUGCAUAAAUCCAAUUAAACCUUAACAGCAGCAGCUUCAGUGAAACACAGAGGAGACGAGUCAGGAGUGUUUCUGCUUUCAGUCACUGUAAUACAUCUGCUCUCACAUAACUGUAACACUCUGACUGUAAUUCAAUACUGACUCACAUCAGACACACACUUUCACACUGGUCAAAGAAAGCACAGCAGUAUUUACCUUACCUUUACUGUCCUUAAUUUACAUCUCUUCAUUGUCUUUCAUGGUUUAUAUAUAACAAAAAAAAUUAUUAGACAAAAAACCUGGGUAACACUUUAUUUGACGCCUAUCUCCAUAACACACUAUGAAUAAAUAUAUGAUGCUUUAUAAUCACAUUAUAGCACUGUAUAGCUAUAGUUAUAAACACUCGUAAAUGAUCAUGAUUACUUCAUAGCAAUAAUCAUAACACAUUAUAAAGCAUUUUAUCAUGACUUACAUGGUCAGGUAUUAUAAUGUGUUAUAACUGUUAACAACAGUUGCAUUGCACUAUCUAUGUGGGCAUUGUCAGUGAGUUGUUAACAGUUAUAACGCAUUAUAAUACCCGACCUCGUAAGUUAUUAUAAAAUGCUUUAUAAUGUGUUAUUUUUAUUGUUUUAAAGUAAUCAUGAUCAUUUAUGAGUGUUUAUAUCUAUAGUUAUACAGUGCUAUAACAUGAUUAUAAAGCAUUAAAAAUAUAUUUAUAAUGCGUUAUAGAGAUAGGUGUCAAAUAAAGUGUUACCAAAACCUGUGAGCAUUGUUAUUUGGAUGUUUUGUAUCCAGUCCUGCCAGAUACACAGAAAUAUGAUGGAUUUUUGGAAUUUCGAGAAAACAAACUGGAACAUUUAAUUUUGUUUGUUACAACCCAAACUGAACCAGUUUUGGCACAAUAUCUUGUGUUUGUGUUCAUUUUUCUCACCUGUACAGCAGCACUUAUAACCUAAACUAAGUUUUUUGUGUGUGGGUGUGACUGUCCUGCCUGUUCUUUCACCUGAAUCUGGUUCACUCCUGCAGUUGGUCUGUCUUUAUCCCACUGGCUGCACACUGCAAACUUUAGAGAGCAUAAGUAGAAGUGAAGAAGAGGAGUUUUGUUUGUGUAAGCGCUGAUCACCGGAGCGUUUACCUUUCAGUGAGUGUACCUUAAAGCAUCGUGUCUGACACUCUGACGCUCAUUAUCCCGUCGACUGCUGGGCCGCAGGAGCUUGUUUCCACAAGACUGCACCGCAGACUGAAUAUGUUCUCUGUCCAAAGAAAAAUCAAUAUAGCCUCUUUUUUUGCAGGUAACUGUUUGUGUUUGUGUCCAAAGCAUGCAGCGAGGGAAACAGGGAGCCUAUAAGGUCAUAGGUCUGUGACUUCAGCUUCAAGAACUUUACUGAAAGUUUAAAAACACUUUAAGUUUCAUGUUUUCCUGCCAACAGUGACCCAGUUUAGUCUUUUCUUUAUUAACUUUAAUCAACUCCUCUGAUAUCUUAUGCUUUGUUGCUGUCGCUUGCUUUUUUGAACAUGAGUCAGUCAUUCUUCUUCAAAGAGGAGCUUUGUCACAACAGCCGUCUUUCUCAGUAUGAACCCCUUUCAUCACAAAACAUUUUUAAAGUCCUGGAUUUCCAAGAUGAAGUAAAAAAAAUCUCUAUUGAAAAUCAUUGAGCUGCUUUAUUUUUUAUUGCAUCAUUAAUACGUCAGUUAAUCAUUAAAUAUAAUAGCUAUCUUUUAUCUGCUGGUUGUAUCUGUCUAACGUCACUGUUUGAUCUGCUUCACUUUUCAUUACUUUGAAUCCACUAUUAUAUAUCCCACACAAACGACGUUAUCAUAAUUUAUCAUAAUUUAUCGUAAUUUUUGAUUUUAGGUUGAAAGGUACAACCCUAUUUAAGAAAGAUUGGUGUGCAGAGCAAAAUGAAAACAUAAUUUGAAGGUUUGGAAAUCAUUUAGGUCCUAUAUUUAACAAAAAAAUAAUGCCAAGAUGAGUUAUGAAAUGUUUGAAAAGGAAAGAGUUUAUCGUUUUGUGAAAAAUAUUGUAGGUAUUUGAUGCCAGCAACAUGCUUUGAAAGAGUUAGAGGGACACAAAGCACAUAAAAACUGUGUAAGGCCAAAAAAGCCCAUCUUCAUAUGAAUGAGGUGAAUUUGUAGCAGGUUAGGAACAAGAAUAGGUAUAAAAAGGACACUCAGAAAGACUUAGUAACUCAGAAGUUUAAAAAUGUGUCAAACAACGUGUCAGUAAACGUCAAAAAGGAGACCCAACCUACUGAGAAGCUGAAGUCCUUUUUCAGACAAGGGAAUAUCAUCUACUUCAAAGAGAAACUCCAGAAACUGGUCUCCUGGGAUGACAGCGUUGUGUUAAAAGAAGAGCAAAACCAAUGCAGAGUUAUUUGUAUUAGAGUCAGCCCUCAGUGCUGUUUAUAACCUCCUCACAAGUAUGUGAUGUAAGUGUGUUGAGAGUCCUACAGAAAUGUGUUAUUGUGUAUAUAAAAAUACUCUCUGAGGAAAACUGCCUCAAAACAUCUGAUAUCACAUUAUCUCGACAUAAAGUGUAAUGGGUUUACAUAUUUGAAUUUACAGAGUGUUUCGUUUUUCCGUUUUUGAACCGAGACGUGACUCAUAAGAUCUGCUGAAGUUUGACAAAGUAAUACUUUGUGUCGUAAUGAAAACAGACUCAGGUGAUUGCGUUCUGCUCGAAUAAAGAGCUACCUUAACUCCAGCUGAAAGCACAGCGCUCUGAGGCCGUGUUGUACUUUAUCACAGCAGAAAACAAAUUUAUAUCUCCUGUCUUUGCUGCUUUUGGUGACAUGAGGUUCUUUGUUUCUCCUUUCUAGUUUUUCAGACAUGCCUCAUUUUUCAGGCAACAGUUUCUCGAUACAGAAACUUUGCUGAAACAAGAGAAACAUAUAUCUCCGCAGUUUUGACUGUCGUUUACACUUUUGGCUUGUGUUGAAUACUGACAGAGAUGUUUGUCAUAUGAUUGUGAGAGAAUGAUGCAUGAAGUAUUACAGACUCUGUCGACCUAAACUUGCUCACAGGCAUCCAUAUAUUUUAAACUCAAUAAACAAACAGUACUUCCCAAAAAGUACCCAAAAGAUAAGUCAGAAACAUUCCUAAAACUUUCUGAUGUGUGGUUACAAACUGGUCAAAAUGUCUGAUUGGUGUAUAUCUGUGUGUUUUUCAGUUCACCACAUUACUCAGCGUUUCAGUGCUUUUAGCCGCUAUUUCCUGCGUUUAGAAAAUAAGAGCUCUGAAGUUUAGGAAUCAGCUUUCUCUGUGCAUGAGUGUGCUGUCUGCUGCUCAGAAUUUCUGAAUUGCCCGUAAUUUAACUGACCGGCGAGGAUGCAGCUCAUCGGGCAUGAUUGACUCUCCUGUCUCCAUGCACAUUGUGCUGCAAACAAUGUGCAAUCAGAAUGAGUCGUGCAAGGGUUUAAGUUUGGCCAAAGUGGUGCAGUCACUCACAGUGGUGCAGAGGUUAUGGUCCCAAAGCUGACGGUCUUGGUUCUAUUCAAACCUGCAGAGUCUUGGUUAGCUUAUUUCAAGCCACAUUCUUCCAAUAGGUCCAAAAGAAAGGUCAUAUUUAAGAUAUAACAUACCAAAAUUACGAAGUGAGCAAAUUACUUUUCAAGUUCUUGAAAGUUUCUGAAAUAAGAAAAAUAUUUUGUUUCAGGGACUUAAUGAGUAUUUUUUUUCUUUUACAGAGGCAGAUUUAUUUUUUUCGCCUCAUUACAAGCCAUUUAAGUCUGACUUUAGGCGUGUAACAUCUUGAAAUAAGCUGUUUUUAUAAACCAAUAGGAGAAUUUUUCUGAAAUAAAGCCUCACAAGAAAUUUUCUAUUAGAAACAAGACAAAACACUCACCAAGAUUUGAGUUUCUUCUCUAUUUACCAUCCAUUCUAGUGAUGGGCACAGCAGUUCUUAUAGAUGUACUGAAUCGCUAGAAUCAGUUCACUUAAAAGAUUCGUUCACUGAAACACUGAAUCAUUCAGCCCCUGGCCGGAGGAGCCUCCGACUCCGACUUCCUGAACUGAUACACAGAUGAACAGUUCAGGAUUAAGUUCAGAUCGUAGCUUCUGGGACCGGGAGAUGAGAGUGUUGUGGCUGAGUUGCUUUGACAGACAGGUUUGUAAAAAUAAUCUUGUUUAUAAAUCAUGAGGUUUUAAGUGUACUGUGCUAUGGUAUGCUAUUUGUCUACUCGGUAAAUUGGGCUCAGUGAGUGAUUCGUUCACUUAACAUUUACCCCACAGUACAUUCAGUGAAGAAUUCACACUGAACAUGCACCGUUCCCUCCCAAAUUGUCGCAGUGAUAGGAUCAGUCACAAACUGCGGGUUUAAUACACUACUUGUUACAUGCUGUGUCCUACUAAAUCUGUUAAAACAACAGCCAUGAAAGUGUAUCCCUCAGACAAAUAUGAUUCCAGAGAUUGUAGUUCACGACAUGAUUCGUUCACCAAGUGAUCCAGGCGUCGGCGUGUGCAGUCCCUCGCUCGCCAGCUGCUCACCCGGCAAUGCUGUGUGCUAACUCAACUGAAGUGAGAAAUGAACAAAUCACUUGACGAAGUGAUUCAGUUCAGUAUGUUCACUUAAAAGAUUUGGUUCUUUUGAAGGAAUCAUUCACAAAUGGCACAACACUAAUCCAUUCCUACUUACAGGCAUAAAAAACACAAAGAAAGUUUAAAAUAUUAGUUGUCGAUUUCAAAACUUGGGUUAAAAUCAGCCUUGAGCCCACAGUGGAUGUGUGGCCCUGAUUUAUUAUCUGUGGAUCUGACUUUUGCUGUCAAAGUGCAUAUUAGUCCAGUCCAUCCUGGUGGUGGUGCUAGUACAGAGCUACAUGAAUGAAGGGAAAAAGUGGAUUCAUCCACUUGUGACCAUGAAUGUGUGGGAUGGAAAUACCAAUAUUUAUCAAUUUUCCAAUUUUGACAGAUUUGUUUGCGCCGUAAUGACUUGAGCAGACUGAUUAUAGAACUGGGAGUGAAAGAUAACUAAAUAAAAAGGAACGGUUUAGGGACCUUGGAAGCAAACAUAACCGAAAGAGCUGAGACAGCAUCAAAACCAACGUUUAAUCAGCACAAAUGAUGCUUGAAAACAGCCGUUCAAGACGUGCAGUCACUCUAACUUUUCUACUUGUUCAGAUAAUAUGUGAGUUUCUGUGUGUUACAGACUGUGGUGACUCCCUGAUGUGAGAUUUCGAUGCCUGUAGCGUCGAAUGUAAUUUUCAUUAGCUGAAUGCCUCGCUGAAACAUCGACACACUUCAUAACUCUGCUGGGUUCCUAUAUUUCUCCAACUCUCUGUUAGCCACACUCCACUUAUACAUGCGAACCACCUCCAACACUCACACACACAUACACACACAUAAAAACAGACAUCUUCAGUGAAAAGGGGAACAUUGUGGAGAACAGCUGUGAAAAGUAGGACAGUCCCGUUGACACCACCUGUUCAUCUUUUUUUAGUGUCUUGGAAGUAUUUCCCAGUGUUUAUAACUUUAAAACUUUUUAUGGAGAACAAUUUGUCAUUUCUGUAAAAAUAGAUCCCCGCUAAUGUGACAGUGAUCAGGGUGACAUCAGACUGAGGAAUUUGGGGAUAUUGUUGAUGAUGAUUUUAUAUCACUUUGAAAAAAGGAAUUGUGCCUUAUUUACUGCACAUCAAUCAGCCCGAUUUGGGUUUGAAUGAUUUGCAAACCAUCAAAUUCUGUUUUAAUCAAUUUUCUAAAUAGCGUCCCAACAUUGUUGGAAUUUGAGGUUGUAUGAAAAGGCUUAGACAAAUCAGACAAACUGAGGUGUGGCUGAGUUGACAGACAGAUGAGAAACACUGUGACAAGGUUACUGGGCUAUGACUGUAAUUCAUUGCGACUGCCUCCUCGCUGGGUGAAGCCACCCUGAGAACAGCACCCUCUGGUGACGGGCUGCAGUGUAGGUCAUAAAUCCCACCCCUGGGGCACUGGGGCAGUGGACAAACUUUAGAAAUUUAUUACACAGAAGUUAUUACACAGAAGUUAUUGUAGUUAUUGUUAUUGUAAGACUGGUUUGUGCUCAAGUCCUCUUUUUUUCUGUACAGCUCUGUUUUUAAAAGUUAUUAGGGGGUUCAUGUUUUCUAUGAUUGACACUUGAUACAGCCUAUGGGUGUACAAAGAUUGCAUAGCUCACCCGGGGGGAUACGCUUUUUGAGCCGAGCGUCAUCACAGCGACUCUCGGCACCUUUCUCAGUGCGAAUGCACACAAUGCUACUGCGCAAGUGGGGGAGUGCACACAAUGCUACUACACAGUGUUGGUUUCAGGAAGUGGAGAUAAAAUGCGGAAUUACCAAGAGCUUUUCAGCUUCAAAUCUGUGUACUGGUGGAAGGCGGAACCAAGUUGUCUAUAGUAUAUACAGUCUAUGCUUUAACUUCACCUCUUUGCUAGUUACCAGAUUUACCAGAAGAUAGAAGAAGCAUUUCCAAUAUGGCUGCCACCAUCUUUAGAUAAACAUAUCAAUACCUGUAUGACCCUGCUACACUUUCUUUAGAGAAUCUUGGACAUGAGUUUCAUAAGUUUUUGUGUUUCAGACUGAAUAUUAAAAAUUUCCUUUUUCUCCAUACGGAGGAAAGUUUACUUCUCGUCUUUCUUUUUUUGUCUUCUGUCUUUUUUGUGUGUGGUGUCUCUUAUUUGUGAUUUUUUUUCUGCCUCUGCACUCACUGUUUGGCUGAAUCUGAUGCUUACACCAGAACUGCUCUGUCUGCAGGUUUUUGGGGGUCCCUCCAGGAAGGGGAAGCUGCCCUCUGACAGGACCUCUGCCUUUUGACCUCAUCUACACUGACUACCACGGCCUGCAGCAGAUGAAGCAGCACAUGGGUCUGUCCCUGAGGAAACACAAGUCAGUGUUAUGUUCUUCGUAUCUCUGCCUCUUUCUUGUUGUUUUGUCAGAACUCUGAGUUCACUGUUUGGUUGUUGCCAUUGAUUAAUUCUCAUUAAAUGCUUUAGUAUCAGCUUAUUGACAGACCUCACUCUGCAACAACAAAACUCACCCUUUAGGGGGGAACGAAUUCUUCUUCAUUACACAGAGAUCAAUCAGCCGGGUGCAGGCUUUAAAGUUGAUAUUACUUUUGAAGCUUUACUUUACACUUAAUGAACAUAAAAAUGUUACAUGGAACUAUAACUGUUCAUCUCUCUCAUUCAUAGCUUGCUGUAAGUCUGGCUCUGAGACUUUUUUUGGAGGGUGAAGACAAACAUGCGACACAUUUCUCUUUCUGAUUUUCCUCCCAGGUGCCACAUCCGAGUGAUCGACACCUUCGGCACCGAGCCUGCUUAUAACCACGAGGAGUACGCCACUCUACACGGCUACAGGACCAACUGGGGAUACUGGAACCUGCAUGGCCAGCAGUACAUGACCAUGUUCCGUAUGUGGAUUUUCACAUUUCUACCUUAAAAUUAAAGAUGUCAUGUAUCAAACUGCUAAAGACUUCUGUUUUGUAUUCAACCCCAACCCCUAGGAUCCUGAUUUUCAGCAGCCCUGUUAGUUUUCUUUUAUUUGAAGCAGGACUUGUAACUUUGUAUUACCUCUUGCUUUUGUUUGUCCUUGGCAGCCCACACUCCAGAUAACUCUUUUAUGGGUUUUGUGGCGGAGGAGCUGAAUGAGACUGAGAGACUGAACAUUCAGAGGAACAAGGUGAACAAUAUGGCUGUUGUCUACGGCAAAGAAGCAAGCAGGUGGAAGGUCAGUAACAAACAGUAACUCCUGUAAAAAUCCCUUUAUACAUUAAGUAUAUUUUGGUAGAUGUUUUUAUCCUUUGAGAGGAGGAAACUGCUUUGCUGUGUUUAUUUUCAACAGCUUUUUCACCUUGUAAAAAGAUGUGAAGUGUUGGGAACCUUGAGAGGGAAAUAAUUUUGUUUAAGAGAGACCCCAAAGAAAGCAUCACUGCUCAGUAUAAAUAAAUUAUACAAUUUGUGCUGUAUUAAAGACAACAUGAUUAACAGGAUAGAGGGUGCGGAGGGAGGCAGAGAUAAGAAGAUACUAAUGGAUGCAAAAAUUUUCCUCUCUGGAGUGAUUACUUGUAAUUACUGAACACAAAUGUGUUAUAAACAUGUGUUUUGAUUAAAAUUAACUGAUUCUUUUUUUCGGAGCCUGACUGCAGGCAGCGCACAGACAGACGCCUAACGUUUCCCUCUCGCCAGCGUCUCUAAACAUCUCUACUUUUUUUUCUCCGUCCACUGUUGUAUAGAUUAAAUAAGGACGCACACUUGGAGCUCUAUCUUUUAACAUGAACAUACAUUCACACAGACAAUUAUCAAAUGGUCAAAUGAUGCAGGAAAUAAAAAGAACACUUCAGAAAUAUGCUGCUGUCUUGUGGCACCUGUAGUGGCCCAAAACCAGACCAGCCCUGGUCUGCACUAAAGACUGUAUAUAAAGACGGAUGCUCUAAAUUUUUAACUGACUGCUACGCCAGUGGCAGGAGUUUAGUGUAAGACAGCAUUUUACCUCCUUUUAACAUCUCACAAGGCUUUGCACUUGUCCCCAUAUCGUCCUAAAGAGGGUGCACAAAGUGAAACUACAGCCCAAUCUUGUUUCUAUUGUGCACCACCUUUCCUUAAAGGUGGAGGUUUGUGUGUGGCUCCUCGGACCGCUGUGUUUUGCUAUCCUGCAGUUGUUACUAAAGUUGGUAUAACUAGAGAAGCAAGCGGUCGGCAACGUUCAUCUCUCGAGGAGGUGUCUAAUGGGUGUUGCGGUGUGUUUGACACUAACUUAAUUUUACACCGGAAUAUCCCUUUAACUACCAGUGGAGAUAGAGCUGCAUGAAGGCCAGCAGCAGAGGCAGUCACAGAGCUGAAAUGACUUCAUGGUCAAAUUGUGAGUCAGUAUGACAGAAAACAAUGCGCAUAGAAGACUUUAUCUCUUUUAUUUGCACGUGAAGCAUCUUUUUGUUCCUGUAACGCUGCCAUAACAUGUGAGGCUUGUAUCCCUGCAGAACCAGAGUACCCCAGUAUUGAUUUGUUCAGCAUACUUGGUACACUGACAGACGUCUUUACAAGGACACUGAAGGAUCUUUAUUCAAACAAGUGAUACUGAGAAAACACAGAUUUUUGAGAAUGAUCACACUCUGACAUAUGACAGGUCACUGAAACGCAGACAGCUUGAAUGAAUUUAUUCAAUAUAUUUUCCUCAUGCCUGAGACUCUUUGAACCUGGUAAAUCAGGACAAAUACAAAGUUUGGGAAGCCUUUGAACAGAACUUUCCUCGUCAAACGCUCACUUUGAAACACCCACUGGAUGUUACAUUUCCUGCAAACAAGUGACUCCUCCUGGAAUUUGGCCCGAGGUGUGCUGGUAGAGGAACAAUUGUUUUUGUUUAGAGUCAAUUUUCCCUGCGAGCAGCUGGCACGGUCUUUCGUUCGUACUGUAACUUUGAAGUGUGUUUGCCUCCCUCAAGGUUUGGUUCAAUUGAAUCUGACUGCAGCUCUGUUCCUACACUGCGCUAACGCUUGCUGUUUGUCAGAACCCAAGCCGCUGUGUAACAUUAGUCAGAGUGAAGGUUUGUGGUAUGAAAGCCGAUCGUGUAUCAGUUUUCUCCAGACAAUCAAACCUCCUCCUCCCCUGAUCGCUGCAGUCGCUCCUUCCACCUCAGUUUGAGGUUUACAUGAGAGGACUGUUAAAAGUCUUUAUCCUUUCUUUUCCUCCAAGUGUACAGACUCUCUUCCAUCCUGCCACUCCUGUUUUCUGCCUCUGCUGCGCUGUAUUCAGCUUCCCAUGGUGCACCAGUGAUGGAUCCACGCAGCUUCAAAUAAGAACACAUGCUUUUCAAGUGCUGCCAAAACGUGAACCCAAACUUUUCGCGGAUAUUUUGUUGUAAAAAGUUUUCCCCCUUAAAUUCAAGCCCCUGAAAACAUAUAAACCCCAUACUUAAUUGAAAACAGUGACAACAUUGUCAUUUUUCUCUGAAAAACAUGCUUGUUUUAAAUCAAAUUUGAUGCCAUCUAAAAAAAUUUAAGAUGGGGAAACAAAACACUGAAAAAGUUGUGUAAUGCUUAAAAAAAUCACUUUGAGGAGCAUCUCUGAACUAUUUAGGUUCAUUUGCAACAUGUAAUUAACAUGACAGAGUAUUUAAAAUGACAUUCAGAAAGACUGAGCAUCUAUUUUUUAUAUUAAACUUGUGUUUUUUUCCAGUCUCAUCAUAUGACAUGUUGUGUUUUCACCAUUUUGAUGAAAUAUUAAAGGUUUUAAAUGAUUUGCAAACUAUCACUUUGACAUCCAACUUUUACAAAACCAAGCUUUUAUUUUUAAACACCAUUUUUUUUACAUGUUUGCAGACCCCAUAAACAUCCAGAUCUCUUGUUUAACAUGGCAACAAGAAGAAUAGGAAAAAAGAGUGAAUUAAUCGUUGAAGGUUUAAUUUCAUAUUCAUCAAUACACACAGUGUUCGAUUCUCAUAAGAGGUUUUUUUUGAUGGCUAUUACUUUCAGUAAAAGAGAGCACGAUUUAAUCUCCAUGUUGCUGGAAGGCAUCAAAGCACCCAAAGAUGAAAAAUGAAAAUAAAACUUAGAUGCUAUGUCUUCAAGGCAUAAAUCAUCUAUAAAUGUCAACUGUGAAUAAUUCAUUGCGGUCCUUCAGACUGACUUUUUGGGAUCGACUAAUUUGAUUUUUGACUGUAAAUGAUUGCAGCAAGUCGUCUCCGCAGGGCAACACGGAUCAAUCUGUUGAUUUAGGUCUGUCAUCUCACCACAGGUGGGUCUGGUUAGGUAUCAGCUGUGAAAAGGUUUAUGAAAGUGGUAACAAGGGAAUUCAGCUCAUUAGAGUUGCUUCACUAGUUUUAAUUGAUGCUUAUUUCUGCUUCGGCUGGGCUGAUGGAUGGGAACAGUCAAACAACAUUUUCAUCGUCAAAGCAAAAACCAGAGCUGUACAAGUGCCGCGGUGGAAAAGAAAACAAAGAGCCUCAUGGUGUUGAAUUUUAAACAGUAAAGAAAUAAAAAUAAACCAUCUAUAAGUUCCUCCUCAGAGGGUAAAGGAUGGUAUAGGAAAAGUUCUGUGUCCUGAAGCUGAAAGACAGAUAUGGAGAACUUUCCUCUUAUUUUUGUUGUGAUGUAAACCUACUCAUGAGGAAAACAUACAAACAACAACAACUUCAUCUUUAUCUCAAAAGUCAAUUGCAGUUGUUUAAUUGGAAGUCUGGCCUCCAGAAUAAUUGAGUUGUAAAAAAAAAAGACUAUUUUGAGGUUUGUUUUUUAAUUUAUGCUCUGAAAAGCAAAAUAAGAGCUGCCAGGUCCACAAUUGUUUGAUCUGACAAGUGAAGAUUAUUAAAAACAAAAGCCAAAGUGUGCAAUUAAGAGCUGAAGUAAGCGGGCAAAAAAAAUUUAAACUUGUCGUUUAGAGGAAAGACAAACACACAUUUGCAGAAGUGUUUGCUGUGAUAAACAAGCUAAUUUUACUCUCUCAAUUUUUCUCUUUUUGUCCUUCAGGGGAAGGAAAAGUUUCUCUCUAUUCUGCAUCGCUACAUGGACAUCCACGGGACAGUUUACUACGAGACACAGCGCCCCCCUGAGGUUCCAGCCUUUGUGAAGAACCACGGUCUGCUGCCUCAGCAGGAGCUGCAGCAGCUCCUCAGGAGGGCCAAGGUGGGAACAUGAUGCUCAGAUGUUUGACCCUAAAAAAUUAGGGUCAGAAUGAAAUGCUUUGUCAGAGGGAUUCUAACUUUUUCAGAUAGAUAUUCUUUAUCCAAGAAGAUUUUCCUUGAACUCAAGUUCAAGCAGAGUUGGCAACCAUAAAAACAGAUGAAAACUAUUGAAAAAAGUUCAGUUAUGUGCAGAAAGUUUAUAUUAGAUAAAGGUGAGACUGAUACAAACAUUGACCUGAAUAUGAGUGUCUUAUUGUUUUGGCUCAUUAUUUUCUCCUCUUUCCAUUCUCCUCUAAAGCUGUUCAUUGGAUUUGGAUUCCCGUAUGAAGGCCCUGCCCCUUUAGAGGCCAUAGCCAACGGCUGCGUCUUCCUCCAGCCCAGGUUCACCCCUCCUCACAGCUCUUUAAAUCAUGACUUCUUCAGAGGGAAGCCCACCUCCAGGAAGGUAGAUGUAUUUCUGUCAACACUGGAUCCAUUUUAACAUCAGCAGUGCAAAAAUAUGUUUGACUUUAAAGGGAUAUUCCGGCAUAAAAUUAAGUUAGGAUCAAACACACUGUAACACUGUGCUUAGACACCCCCUUGAGAGAUGAAUGUUGACGACCGCUUGCUUCUCUAGUUAUACCAACUUAAGUUAUGACCGCACGAUAGCAAUACACAACGGUCUAUGGAGCCACACACAAACCUCAACCAAAACGCCACUCUAUAGCCACAAAUAAUGCACUGAAUAGCACCUAACUUCAUCAACAAGAUCAUAAACGUUCUUCCUUGAGCUGUGAAGCCCCACUGUAGUCCGUAAUGGUCCGAGGUCUCCGUACAAACAAGCAGCUGCUGGAAGAGAGUAGGUGAGUUGUGUUUAGUCUCUUUGCUAAAGAAAUUUGGCAAAGUUAAAAAGAUGUUUGGUGGCUAGUACUAUGGCCGGGACCCUAUAUGUACUGUUGAUGAUUGAGUUUUGGUUGAGGUGUGCACGUGGCUCCUCAGACCGCUAUGUAUUGCUAUCCUGCGGUUGUUACUAAAGUUGGUAUAAAUAGAGAAGCAAGCAGUCUGCAACAUUCAUCUCUGGAGGGGGUGUCCAAGUCGGUGUUACAGUGUGUUUGACCCUAAAUUACUUUUACACUGGAAUAUCCCUUUAAGCAAUUACAUCUUAACCUUAGUGCGAUUUUAAUGUGACAAUAAGUAAUUUACAUGUAUUCUCCCCUCAGGUGUCGUCUCAGCACCCGUAUGCAGAGCAGUAUAUUGGCAGGCCUCAUGUCGUCACAAUCGACUUCGACAACUCUGAAAAUUUUGAUGCAACCAUCCGUGAGAUCAUGAGGAGCAAUGUAUGUCACAUUUCUGCACCACUUGCUUAAAUUACAGUCCCUCUGUUGUAGGUUCAUCUCUUUAAGCUUCCGUGUGAUGAUAGUUAGGAUGAUAAUUUGCUCUCGCACACUUCAAAGUUUGUUUUGACCCACUUUUGCAGCUCUAAGCCUUUAAUGGAGCUCUUAAUCACAGCAUCCGACGUUACAGCAAAAUGCUUAGCUGGCUACCCCUCUGCUCUGCUCACCGCUAAUUACUUGAGAUAUUGAGCAGCUCAGUAGGUAAACUCUGCCCACACCUGGGAUCACAUGGCAGCAUUCCAGAGGCAAAGCCCACAGGCAAGGAGCUUUAUCCGCAGCAAAUCAUGUUAAUCAAUCUUGCUGUGCUCAAUCUGUCACUAGAACAACACCCAGCUACGGUGCCAAGCCUUACAGAGCCAAGAUGUGUGUGUGCUUCUGCUGCCAGGUGUGCUAAAUACACCCCAUGUUUCCAGCUGAUAGAGGGGAAAUAAAGCACCAGUUGCAGCGCUUGUAAAUGUUUUAAAAGCUCACCCUGCAUUAACAAGAUCAAGUGAAACCAAAGGCACCUUUAUUCUACAGCAAACCUAACAAAUAUCUUCACUUUUGAUUUUUUUUACCCACACAGCCUAAAAUAAGUGCACAACAUCCCUUAUGGUCACAUUUAAACUAUAUAAAUUGGUAAACUGGCUUACUUUGAGAUUUGUGCUGCAUUUUUACCCUCCUGGAGCUGUGCAGUUUCAUCAUUUCAGUGAGGCAUCAGUCAGUGAAGCUUUGGGGGUUUUUUUGUUUGUCUGUUUGCUUGCUUUCAGUGCAACAUCCGUCUUCGGUUUGCAACUCUGAAACCCAUGAAAAAGCUUGAUAAAACUUCGUAACUUAUCUCAUACUAUAAAAGUAAUUGUUUUAAAUGCUUUUGUCUGCAAACCAAAUCAAAUCAUUUUGGGGUUUUUUUCUCAGACAGGACAUUUUUAACCCUUGCAGCUCAGCUCAUUUAAACUAAAACAGGUCAGGUGUGAGAACAAAUGAAGCGUCCAGUUUAAAUCCUGAAGUGCUGUUACUGCAGUCAGUUUUCACAAACUCUUUUAAAAACCACAGGCCAAAAUUAUAUGCACCAAAUCACUUGUAAUUAUUUUCUUGAUGCUGUUUCACCCAUGAGGUUUCCCCAGGUUUAUUUGGACAUUAUGUGCUGCACAGUGGUGUUGUGGUCCGUGCUGUUGUCUCACAGUGUAGAGAAAAUGUGUAUGAAUAGUUUUUUGUUUACAUUUACUGGCCUUGUUAUUGAUUGGCAACUUGAUAGAUCCCACUUCCUGCCCAAUAACAGCCCCACCAGCCCCUGAAUCAUGCAUUUAGUUCUUCGCGGCUAGAGUACUGUAAUGCAUUUUGUUCUGGCAUCAGUGAGCACAACACCCAAAGACAUCCAGCCAGCCAUUUCAGGAAGUUAAAUGUGGGUUUUUGUUCGGUGGACAGCGAGGCACCAGCACAAUAUGUCAGUGACCAUGGAGUCAGUUUUCUGGCUCCACAUGUCACAACCAGCAGAAAUGAGGUGAUGUUGUCUGGGCUAUACUCUGACUUAGUCACCAUCAUAUUUUAGACCUUGUCAGAGUCGUCCACAUACUUACACUCACCUGAUCCCCCCCUUGAGAAAGAUCAGAUGCAUAUAUUGCUCUGAAGUUGUAAUUGGUUUAACUGCAUUUGAUAAACAGAGAUGAUUUCAUUGGAAACAGAAAGGUUUCUGGCACCAGGAUGAAAAUUUUUGAUGCCUCCAGUCACAAACAUUUCACCCGUACUUAACAAAAUCCAGAAUGCUUCUCAUAAAGGAUUUUAACAGCAGGAUAAAAGGACAUUAAAAGUCUCUGUAAGUAAAAUUCAGCUCUUGUGAAGGUGCUGCCAGCACAGCAGAGUUUGUGGUCUGGGUACAGUGAGCUUUCUUUAAUAUAACACAGUCUGCUCCACUCAUCACUUUCUUUACUCAGAGAAGCUUUAUUUGUUUUCUGCUGCUCAUGUUAUUGCUGUUUGCUUCUUUCCUGAGAAAACUGCAGAGCUGCCUGUCUGUCUGAAACACUGUCACGUCAGAUUUCCUUUGCACCAUAGCAACAGUCCAUGAUGGGGAAAAAAAAACAACCGAAAACUAAAAAAGGAAGCUUUAAAAUGUCCGUAACACCUGCCUGAGCAAACUGCCAUGCUUGGUUUGCAUGCAUUUUUCCUAGCAGCAUGUUCAGAGCAUAACUCAGCUCAGGAAUGUCUAAAAUUUUUCAUUUCAUUUCAUCAGUGAAAGCAGGAAAUAGCAAAUGUCCCUUUCAUAUUUUAGUAGCAGAGCAAUGCAAUCAGUUUAGGUAUAUAAAUUGCAGAGUCAUUUCAGAAAUGUUUUCUGCUUUUGAAUUUAAAUCGCUCUCUACGAAGCAUUUGCUCCCUCCCAUCUCUGAUUCUAUCAUAUAAAGAUUCCCAAAAGGCAAAUUGCAUUGCAGAGUAGCUGAUGAAGUGCCAGAUACAUUUCAUUAAACUCAGAUGAAAUGAAAUAAUAAGAGAGUGCUAAAAGGAACACAACACUAAAAGAGUCCAUUUAUCAAAAUAAAAGCCUGAGUGCUUUAGUGGUCUGAUAGUAAACAAUGAGAUCUCACUUCAGCUGGUAUCAUGGGAGAUGUUCAGAGAGGAUUCUGCAUCGGGAAUCAUGACAGAAUAUAUUAAAUCCUCCACAUCUCAUAGCUAAGCAUGUCAUAAAACAUGUGCCUGAAUAUCCUUAUUCCAAGGCCCCAUCAUGCCUUGCAUGAAUUGUCUUCCGGUGCCUUCUGUCACAUUUUCCGUAGCUACUGGAGGCUAAUCAGGAUUAUUAGAGCAAUCGAGACUAAUAAAAAAAAAAUGUGGGUGCAUCGUCUGUCACACCUUAAACGGGACAAUGUUGCCACUCUGCAGCCCUCCGAAGAAACAGCCUCAUUUAAUUUCAUUUCAUUUAUUUAGCUCUCCAUUAGCUUUGGCUAAGGCCAUCGCUAUUCUUCCUGGAGUCUACAUUUACAAUUAACCCUCCAUCGCAGAACACAGUCACUAAAAACAUCACGCCAUAAACACAAAGACAACGUCAAUAACCACAACAACUCACAAUAGCCUACAAGACAAAAACAAAACAACAAAAUUAGAGCAAUACAAACAACAUACACAUAUUACUGAGCCUUAUUCAUUUCCACAGUGUAGCUAUAGUUCUGAAAUAAUCAGAUGUUCAAAUAUCAACAUACAUUCCACAUAAUUGCAUUAAUCUACAGAAACAGUACCCAACACAUAAGCAGACUAUAGAUACGUCAAAUAGAUCAGACAAACACCGAUUGAUUGUACCAAGUAGCUUCAUCUAAAUAAGGAGCUGUUUGACUAAUAAAUUAAAUCUGUAUUUGUUGUGUUCUUGGAUCAAAUAACAUAUACUGGUGUAUUUAGCUAUUUUGUUCACUCUGUUGUAAAAUCUUAUCGGUUCUUAUUUCGCUACAAGGUGGGUCACGUUUUUUUUGAUAGAGGUUCAACAAGAUCUUAUGAACUUGAAAGCAGAUGUAAAUGUGAGUCAGCGCCUCAGUGUCCCACAUCACCAUGCCUGGGUUUGAGUGUCAGCCCUAGGUGAAAUACGAACAAGCUUUUUACCAUCACUUUUUAGCAGAAAUGUCGAUACUUGCUUAAAUAGUCGACCAAUAAAUGACAGGCUUGUCAUGGAAUUUCUAGACCAUGUCUCCUCGGUAUCUGCUGACCAGCGCCCUGCUGUCACUUAAAUCCACUGUUUGACACUUUGAUGGAGUCUUCACUGAAAUAAUGAAAUCAAUUUUCAAAGCUGCCACCUGUGAUGUAUUAGGUCAUUGAUUUUAAUGCGAGGCUUGUGGCAUGAUAUAAGCCUUCACAAUUACGCUAAUGAAUGUGUCAGCUUUGAUUAACCAUCAAGUUUUAGGUUCUGUAAUUACAAUAGCUUGGUGUUUUAUCCACAUACACACACAAACACAGCUUCCUCACAUCCCUUUACUGUUUUCUUCAUAUGUGUCUACAGGUGGAGCCCUACCUGCCCUAUGAGUACACCUGUGAGGGUAUGCUGGAUAGAGUUCAUGCCUACAUCCAGAACCAGGUAGGUCCCAGGACUGAACAGCAACAGCUAAGAGCCAUUAUGAAGUGGCGGAGGAUAUUUGUAGCUGCACAUUUCACCUUUUCACAGAUUAGGUUGGUUACAGUUGAAAGAGCAUCAGUGCUGGAACUAUGAGAUUUAUUGUUGAGGUGCUGGGGUGUGACUUCUGCAGCUGGUACAGCCCCUGAGUAUGUGGUAAUAAUAGAGCGGUGCAGGGCAGGAAUCUGUGACUGAACGAAGCUGUAAAAAGUUUAGUUAAUAACACUGAAAUGAGUCGUAACAGUGAGAGCAACACAAUCUUACAACAGAACAAUAGCCAUUUGCCUCAUGAACAAUGUAUGACCCUACAAUUUUGCAGCUUUACCAAAACUAUAUUGAAAGAAGAAAAUCAGGAAAAUUUUGUGUGCAAUUAGGUAUCUUUUAUACGAUUAUAUUUGGGCCACAUUCAGAAGAACAAACAUUGACUUCGAGAUUAAAGUCGUUUAUUUACGAGAAUAAAGUCAUUUCUAUUGAGGAUAAAGUCAUAGUAAAAGCAUUACUUACGAGACUAAAGUUGUUACAAAAUCAUUUUUUACGAGAAUAAAGUCGUAAUAAAAUCGUUAUGAUACUUACGAUAAUGUGGUGCCGAUGUCCCAAAAGAUCCUUGUUUGAGAAACCUAUAUUGAGAUACAUUUUCACGAAAUGCUUCAUUACUUUACCAGAACUUUAUUCUUGUUAGUAAUAACUUUAUUACAACUUUAUUCUCUCAAGUAAUGAUUCAAUUACCACCUUAUUCUCGUAAGUAAUAAUCGUACUACGAUUUUAUUCUCGUUAAUAAUUACUCUAUUACAACUUUAUUCUCUUAAGAAAUUAUUUACUUACAACCUUAUUUUCGUGAGUAAUAAUCUUACUACGACUUUAUUCUUAUAAGUAAUGAUUUUAUGACGACUUUAUUCUCAUAAGUAAUUACUUUAUUAUGACUUUAUUCCUGUAAGUAAUAAUUUUAUUACAACUUUAUUCUUGUUAGUAAUUACUCUAUUACGACUUUAUUCUCUUAAAUAAUAAUUUAAUUACAAGCUUAUUCUCGUAAGUAAUGAUUUUAUGACGACUUUAUUCUCGUAAGUAAUUACCUUAUUAAGGCUUUAUUCUUGUAAUUAAUUACUUUAUUACGACUUUAUUCUUGUUAGUAAUGACUUUAUUUUGUAAAUUAAUCUUGAAGUCUAAAUCCUUUUAUUUCUUAAUGUGGCCGUAAUACUCCAUCGUACUUUUAAGAUAUGUUGUAAAUGUUUUUAUUUCCUCUAACUUUAGAGAAGCACAUUAUUAAAUAAUCCUAACAAUCCCCAGCAGAGUUUUCCUAACAAACAAGGUUUCUGUUUUUGCAUUCAGAGUAGCUCACCAAGUUUCAUUGUGUUUGUCCUUGAGGUCUCACAAAGAGGUUGAAAUCUUUUCGUCUUUAAAAAUAAACUUCAGUAAAAGUGUUUCUUUUAAAAACAGUUUUUAACCUGCAGUCUUUACUUAUGUAUUUCUGUAUUGCAUAGUGAGGAUCUGUUUUUUUGUAUAUAUCUUUUGUUUCUCUGCAGACCUUGACAGUUUAGUUUUUCAGGCUUGAUGUACAGUCAGCUCCUGUAAGAAUUCUUGCCUGUUUUUAAAGGAAUUUCAAAAAAAGGUUUUGCAGGUACAAAAACAUGUUGAUGAAGAAAUAGGUGAUAAAAGCCCUAAAAACCAAAACAACAUUGAGAUUUUUCAAACUGCGCAAGGUCUCUUCCUCUAACCCCUAAAAGAAUUGUGCUCAAGGAGUUUCUUUUCUUGCAUUUUUAGUUGCUUUGCCACAAUAUUUAUACCUUUACUGCUCUCCCAGAUAUUAAAUAUUUGCAGGCAGAGGCAACAGCUGCAAAGUUAAUAGAUGUGCGCUAAUUUUCCUCUGUGCUGGUCCUUGAGGAUAAAUAAUGCUUUUACAUAAAAAUGGGCUUGUUAUCCAGCCUUUCUCACAUAUUAAAAUGUAACAAAGUAAUCUAGACACAUUAUUUUACAUCCACAGUGGGUCCAUUUUGGAGCACGGUCCUGCAGUGAAUCUAUCAUGUUGUGUAAUUGGUGUGGUGUUUUUCAGUGACAGGUUAAGAAACUGUGUUAGCCUCUGUCCUGCUCUGACAGCAUCCCUUUCCCCUGCCAUCACACACACAUAUACACACACAAACACACACACUCAGUGAGCCAUGACUGACUGAGGCUGUGACUGUCUCUCUUGUCAUGCGUGAGGUCAGACUCCGAAUCAGACUCCUCUCUCUCUCUGCUUUUUUCUUCUUUUCUUCACCAGUGUGAGACUUUUCCAUCUUAUUUCCAACUUCUCAAAUUAUAUGUGGCUCAAGAUUUUUUUGACCAAAUUUCUCUUUCUAGUUUUCUCCUCUUUCCCAACCCUAGUCUGACAGGGACCCUUUCACAAACAUUUUAAUGGCAGCUCAGUGUUGUUGUUGUUUGUAUAACUGCACCGAGAGCCAAAUGCAAAGUCAUCUACAUAACAUCAGAAAUCAUCUGGUGGUAGAUGAUUAGAACAAUUAGACUUUGAGUAAGGAGCAGGUAAUAUAAGAUGUAUCUUCUAACAUUUGUUUUGAAUUGGUAAUAUGUAAAUUAUUGGUAACAUUAUUGAAAGAUUAGGACAACCUGGAAAUGUCUCUCCACAAGAACGAUAAGGCCAAGAGCCAAUACUGGAUGGCGUUCAGGUAGCCCUGCAUCAAAAGCAGACAUGACUCUGUAGUGUGAAUCACUGCAUGGACUCAAAAGCACUUCCAGAAACCACUGUCUAGAAACAUAGUUCAUCACUGCAUCCAAAAAUGCAGAUUGACAGCUGUCCAUGACAAGAGGAAACCACAAUUGACCUCAUGUCUUCCUCUUUAUAUAGAGGGACCAUUGGACCUGUUAUGAGCCCUCAGUUCAAAGUCAGCAGCCCUGAUGGUAUGGGGAUCAUUAGUGUCCAUGGUAUAGGUAGUUCACAUAUCUGGAAAGUCUUUGUUAGCGUGGGUUACAGGUCUAGGAGCAACAUAUGCUGCGAUCUACACAACGUUUUUCAGAGAGGACCUUCAUAUUUCAACAACACAAUGACAAACCACAUUCACAACAGCAUACAGCUCUAUAGAAGACAAGUCCUGGUGCUCCUCUCCCCUGCCAGCAGUCUGACAUGAGAGAGACAUAGUACAUUAUAAAGCAAAAGAUAUGACAAAGUAGAUCCAGAACUGUUGUGUCGCUAUGUGAGACAAAGUUCACUUUCAAAACUCAAAAAACUGAUCCCCUCGUUUUCCAAACAGAGGAGGUAAACAUGCCUCUGUCCUAGCUGUUUUGAAAUGUGUUGCUUGCAAAAGCUUUAAAAUCCUCACAUUUGUUAUCAAAACGAUUAAAAUUCUGUGUAAUAUGUUGUUUUUUCAUUUAAAUACAGGCUUCAGGUGAUUUGAGAACUUUUGUAUUCUGUUUUUAUUAACAUUUUGCACAGCAUUUCAACUAACUUGGGAUUGCACUGUGCAUGUCGUCCACAGCAGAUCCAAUAUAAUUUGGCACAUUUCCAUCAAACUUGCAGUAAUCAAUUUCCAGGGUUGUUUUCUUUCUUCCCUGUGUGGAUGUUUUCAAUUAAGUGAAUCAAAUUGAGACUUGUAAAUGUAUUAUUCACAGGUUCGGGGCAUAAAUACAUUGACUUUUUAAAAAGUGAAGAGUAAUAUGUAAGCAGAGAAAUAAACCUAGAAUUCUGGGAGUUUUUCUAUUCCUGUCAAUAAGUAAAACCAAAGACAUAAAUGUUUUUUUAGUUAAAAAAAAAAAAUAACAUAGUUCACAAUUAUUUUCUCGAUAACAUGUCUGUUGAUGAUCUCUGGAACUUUCUCGGAGUGUCUUGUAAUGUUUUUGAUGUUGUGUGUUGUUGUGUGUCAGAGUUGUUGCUUGUUUGUAGUCGUGGAGCUGCAGCAGAGAUGGAGAGAUUGGGGCCUGGUUAUUGCCUGCAGGCGCUUGGAGCCUGUUUAAUAAACGGGUCUGGAGGCCAGUGGGAUAUGUCAGAGAAAUGUUAUUAUUCGGGUCUUAUGAAAAGCCGCAGCUGGAGGGGGAAUCUAAUCAGGCCUCUCACCAGAGCCUAAUCCUGCCUCCGGUCCUCAUUUGUUAUUGGGUGCCGUAACUGCAGUCGUAUCUUUUCCUUGAUGAUUGACGAGGACUGUCAGCUCUGAUAAGCAGCUUUGUACUGUAACGGUUCUUUUAUUAUUUCCUGUAUCAGAGGUUGUGUGCGGGACGAAGCUGAAGGUACCAUUUGAAGCUGCUGUGAGCUGGAAAAUGGUGGUUUAUCUGAGCUGACAGGUCAAAGUGUUUGCAAUAUAGUGCUAAAAAUGUGACUGAUCUGGGUUAUUAUAUCUCUGCACCUGCAGGACUUUUGCUCCCCUGAGGCUCCAUUUCCUCCUGUAAACUCCUCUUGGCCUGGCAACCCCCCAAGUCCCUUCAUCCUCCUUCCUAACUCCAGCAUCCUCACCUGGGCCUCCAAUACCACCUCCUACACAUCCUGGCCCCCCCUCAGCGCACUGCGGGUGCUUGCUUCGCAGGAGGGCCAGUCCUGUGUGAAGGCGUGCCAGAUCGCAGGACUCAUCUGUGAACCAGCCUUAUACCGUUUCAUCAACAUCAAGGAAACCUUCAGCGGGUGAGAUGUUGCUUCUCAGAGAUAAUAUCUGUAAUGAUUAGCUCCUGCUGGCACGUAUCUGUGAUAAAAUGUUUAAUUUAAGCCAAAGCCUGUGUAUAAAUGACUAACAGCAUAUCUCUGCCUCCUGUCAAAGAAGAAAAUUAAGCCUGAUUGCAACAGGCAUGAACCUAAUAAGUUAUAUUACAUGAAAUAUUAAUCAGCAGAUUAAAAACUGAUAUGUAGCGGACAGAAAAUCGCACUUAGGUGCACAUCUUAAAGCUCCUGUGAGGAGUUUUUGAUAGGUUAAGAAACAGACUGGACUUGAUUUGAUUUGAUUUAUUUUGGAUCCACCAGUAGUUACAAGAUACGCAGUAACUAUUCUUCCUGGGGGACUGAACAGGAAUACGCCUCCCUAGUGUUUAAAAGCAGAUGAGGCCAUCAACGACAGGAUUAACAGUUUCUAUAUUAUCAUCUGUAAGGCCUGUAACAGCUGUAAGGGGGUAGGUGCCUCAAAAUAAAGUUCCAUGUGGGUUGUAAAUUUGACAGUAAAAUGAAGGAGGAGUUUGUUAAGAAAACUAGUAUACAUGUGCCGGACAGGAUCAGCAAAGAGAAAAGACAAAGCCCUUGGUCCACAAGAGUCGCCAAGUUCAACACAAAAUAAAGUUCCUCACAGAUAUGUAGAAAUGUAAAUGAGACUAAAAGUGUCUUCUUAUCGAACGCACAAUCUGCAGAGUCGAUUAUCUCAUGAAACGCCACGUCAGGAGCUUCCAGGAAUGAAAAGCUGCAUCUCAAUAAGCCUAUUCUUCUACAACAAUAAAUUUGAAUAACUAAGUUUCCCUCCAGACAUCAUGCCUCAUUUGCACUCGCAGUUUUAAAAUUAUGCAAGAGUGAAAAAGUACAUGAGGAGACAUCAGCUCACCCUUUUCCUGGAAUAUUUUCCUUCGUUCCCCGAGGUCUCCAACGCUGCGCUCCACCAUGAAUAUUAAAUAUAUCUGUAGAAUAAUCACUUCUACCCUGUAGCACUCACAAUACCGUCCAUAUGUUACACAUGUAGGUGUGCUGAAAGAGAGGAAUACACUAGAUAAAGCUGAUAAUUAGUCUUCAUGCUGUCAUUCUGUAUCCCUGCAGGUUGGACUUCCAGUGUGAGGGUCUGGAGUCUGAGAUGAACCACCUCUUUCCUGCCUUCUCAGCAGAGCACUCUGAAUGUGGUCUACAGCAGGACCCGCUGCUCUUCAGCUGUGCCGGCUCCAGCCCCAAGUACCAGCGCUUGUGCCCCUGCAGGGACUAUUUGAUCGGCCAGGUGGCGCUGUGCAGAGACUGCCUAUGACCAGAGGGGGAGCCGUGCAGACACUCUUUCCUUAAAUGUGAAGGGAUCCUUUCUGAAAAUGAACGUCUGUGGAGAAACGCUGAAGGACAGUGCGUCUGCUCUUUACCUCUGACCACAGACCGGCUGCCAAAGAAGGUAAAUGUUUUUACCUCUCAGGGAACUGCAUGAUUGUACUUUGACUCUGGUGGCUUUGAGCCUUGCUUCAAAGGUUGACAUGGCUGCAUCAGUAAGUUAUUUGAAAUGCAUCAUUUGAUGGACUGUCAGCAAUCAAAAGUAAAGCUUUGAUAAAAAUGUUACGGAUGCUUGAAUUUCACAAGUGUUUACUCAGUGUUGUGUGAAAACCUACAGUAUCAUCGUGGAGUUUGGAUAUUUGUACUAGAUGCACCCAAAGCCAUUUACACCAUGAUGAGAUGUACUAUUUUACAUGUCCUGUAAUGACUACAUUUGUAUAUAAGUGUUGAUUAAUAAAACAAGGAGGAAAAACC